AUGGAGAUUCAUGCUUUAUGGCUGGUGCAACAUCUUCUCUUUGCGCUGUGGGGUAAGUACAUGCUGCUGCUAUUCAUUUCAGCCAUCCUGUCAAUCAAAGGAAUGCUGGUUCUCUUUUGUAGCCGAUUUCAUGGUUAAUAUCCCUCCCCUUCUCCCCGGAAUUGCACGGCUUCUCCAGGAGUCCUGCUAACGAAGAAAAACAAAGAGUUUGCUAAAGUCUUCUUGUGGGUACUUUAAAAUUCCUCUCUGGGAAUGUUCUGAUCUUGUUUGAAGAAACAAGGCAAUUCCAUGGGCAUAGGAGCCAACUCCUAGGGAUCAAGGUCUCUUCGCUUCCGCCAUAAAAUAUUUGAGGGGGCCAGCCCCCCCCCCCCGUUGUUGGGCAUUGCCAUUCAAAGGGUGUGUCUUGUGAUCAGUUAUGUGGGGCGAGGCUUACCUGCAUCCCCUGUUUUAUUUAAGCUGGCACCUCAGCAUGGAGGUGAAUAGGAAAUGGUUUUCUUACAUGCUAGAAGAACAAUAAUAAAGUAUUUCGAGAAAUACAAUGCACCCCCACUCUUCUCCAGCUUUUUUCUCGAAUUGCUUCUGUUGGCAAUGUUUCUAGCAGCCUGCAUUCUCCAAGAGUGGGAUGUUUGUAGGCGGACUCACUGCAAAAGCAGAAAGCUGGUAUUGGGAGAGGACUCAGGUCUUUAGAACUUUUGCAUGCCCCUCCAGGGCUACGGUAGAUCAAAGGGCCUUAACUUUAAUUGCGUUCCAGUGGAAAUUUGGUGCAGUCAAUAAUAUCAACAUUCUCACACAGAAUUAACAUUCAGGGAGGGUCGCUGAAUCAUUGAAGCUGCAACCAUGUUGUAUAUAUAAAGAAAAAGUGAAGGCCCACCCCCAGUCAAAACUCACAUGCUCCAAAGAAAGUCCUUUCUCCAAAUCAAAUCAUUAUCACUCCGUGGCUGAUUUAUUUAGCAGUUUAUCUCCUUGGUCCAGAACAUGCCUGUAGAUUAACUCCAAAUCAGUCAAAAUCUUAAACUACAGAAGAACUUCUGCUCGUAAUGGCUGAGUCGGAAGGUUACCGAUAGGCAAAGCGCUUGAACUCAGCACCUCCUGCCUCCUGGAUUCCGUUUGGAACUGAGAGCCAGGUAUCAGGUGAACUGCGAGCGUAGCUCCCGCCCCCCAACCAUGGGGGAGGCUUACAAGCACAAUUACCCUCAAUCAUCCUUGUUUAUACUCAGUGAAGCGAUCCCCACAAAUGCGGGUGUGCCUCCACUAUGGCAGUUAGCACCGGAAGUCACACACUGCAGACAUCUUAAGCCUCCCCCCCCAAAGGGCUUUACAAUGUUUAUCUCAUUUAAUCUUGUGCCAGACUUGGGAAUUGGUAAAGGGUGUGUGCGUGUUCAGGGCUGCCUAUUUAGGGCCAUUUUAAACAUUGCAGAAAGACAAACUUAGGUUGGCCCGGGUGUGAACCCUAAGCAGGAUGGAGGCACUUAUUGCCGCUCCAUGACAUUUGUUUCUGUAAUAUUUACACAUUACAUUUAGCUGUGUGUUUUAAUGUCUUGCUUUAAAUGCCCCCCCCCAACUGUAAUGUGGAAUGGCUCCUUUGGGUGGAAGCUGAGUACAAGAUCUGGCUGUUUUAUCAUCUGGGUUAGCUGAAACAUACAGUGGUACCUCGGGUUAAGAACUUAAUUUGUUCUGGAGGUCUGUUCUUAACCUGAAACUGUUCUUAACCUGAAGCACCACUUUAGCUGAUGGAGCCUCCUGCUGCCACUGCGCCACCGCUGCACGAUUUCUGUUCUCAUCCUGAAGCAAAGUUCUUAACUCAAGGUAAUAUUUCUGGGUUAGCGGAGUCUGUAACCUGAAGCGUAUGUGUCAGGGGUUCAGAGAGAGAGGCACAGGGUAGGCAGGAGAUGGAGAGCGAGGGGGAGGAAUUCCAAGCCAGCGAGGAAGAGGAUGACAAUGACUCAAGGGAUUCCAUGAGUCUUUCCAGCGAAUCAGAGGAUUCCCAGAAGGGGCGCCGGUGGUCAGGGCCAGGGAGCCCCUGGGGGGAAGUGUCAGGAGCAGGGUGCCAGCGGAGGAUCCCAAAGUGGCAGCUGGGCGUCAGGACCAGCCUCCCCACCAAAGUGCAGCGAAGGGGUGGAGUUUCCAGUGUGUCAGAGGAAGCAGCUCCAGCAGCAGAGAGAGGAGGGGGUCAGAGCAAGCCGCCCUCCCGGAAGGGGAGGGAGCAGUGAAGGGAGUAGUGUAACUGUCAAUGGGAGCGUUUGAGGUGUGGCGCGCGCGCCGCGUUCAAUUGUAGAUGCGCGCGGAAGUGCAGGGAGCCCGGAGGAGGGGCCAGGUCCCAAAGCCCGCAGGAGGGGGAAGAGCAGUCGGGGGAGUCCGCGUCCCAGGAAUCCAGAAGGGGCGCAACCCCAGGGGGCAGAAGGACCCUGCGGAAAAGGAAAGAGAGAAAGAGGUGGAGCAGCGCAAGUCUCUUAAAUUGGUGCAGAGGAGGGAGUGACUCAGAGGGGACUUCGGCGGUCUAGCGUAAAAGACGUAAGGCUGCGCGCCUAGGAUGUCAAGCAAACCAUGAACUGCAAUAAACACCUUUGUAUACAAGAAGACGUAGGCGUUGGUCUUUUGUGAGCUAAGACUUGAGGCAGCCUUGACAGUAUGUAACCCGAGGUACCACUGUAAUUAUUCUUAUGAAUUCUAGCUACCUUUAAAUUAGAAACUUGUCCAAUUGCCUUCAUAAUUAUUUCUGCAUCUAUUUUCGUAGGCAAGCUGGUCACUGGUGGCUGUUUUUGACUUGGCUUUUUUCAUAGUAAAUAAGUCCUAAUGAAAGCCAGAAGAAGUGCUUUAUUUGUCUUCAUGGCGGGUCAUCUCUCUAAGGGCAGGGAUUUGCUUACAACUCUUUCCCCUUCCUCUCUCUCCCCCCCCCCGCUUCCUUUGAAAGCAAACAUCUGCUCCACAAGUGAGAUAAGUAUCUCUGGGGAACCGAGACUGUUCAAUCCUGUUUCUUUUUUAAAAAAUAAAAUCUUCUCUUCUUCUCUCUCCUCUAUUAUCAAUUAGUGAGAGAUCUUUGUUCCACCUAAACGCUUCCCAUGGGCUGCUCUCUUGCACAACUGAUGACUAGAGAUGCAGAUCUAAAUAAAAUUAAAAAUUAAAAACCAAAUUUUCAUUAUAAAUGGUGCAAACACAUUUGUGCUGGUUUGGACAUAUAUACAAUAAUGCUAAUAUUUCCUUGCCAUUUCUUUUUAAAACACACACACAAAAAUCAUAUGCAAAUGUGUCCAUCCAUUUGGGGGGGGGGGAAUCCAACGUUGACUAGGAAUAGUUUAAAAAGAAUAAUUGCAAAGCAGUUGUGCUUGGCCAAUUUCUUCCUUACCCUGGGCCAUUUCAUACACUAAAAAUAAAUACAAAUCUUAGUCACAAACCUACAAAAUGCAACAUGAAUGAGACAAAUGUGUCUGAAGUAUGUGCAUCAUGCAGGUAUACUCACCAGAGACACACAAUUAGGUGCAGCUCACAGGAAAGUGAACACACAGGAAAUCCAAGUUUGUUCCUAUGUAUUGUGUAGAGUGACACCCCCCACCCCCCAAAAUUAACCAAGCAACACAACAAACAUGUAGGACUGUAUUGUUGACAGAGUUUCAUAGGGUUCUCAGUCUCCAGCCUCGAAGCAGCAUCACACACCUCUCACCUCCAUUCUGAUCAUCUGUCAUUUUGCUUGGCAACGAGUUUAGUGAAAGUGCUGCCUUGAGCAAUGAGUGUGUGUCUGUGGUUGGCCCGCAUCACCUGUGCCAGCCUUUCCCUCCAAAUUAUUUGGCCAUUCUGGCUUGGUCUUAUGGAAAUUGUAGUCUAUUACAUCUGAAAGACACCAGAUUGGGGAAGGUUGCCCUCCUAAAAAUGGAAAGUGAGCAAGCCCCCGUGCCAAAGCCACAGCACCCUCCAUCCACCACUUGACCUUAGGUUUGGCAGCUAGGGGCCAGUGGGUACUUCUUAGGAGCUGGAUUUGGCCCUGGGGUUUCAGCUACUGACCCAAACCUAUAAAGUCCGGAUGGAUCAAAGUGUGCUGUGAGUACAAUUAACAGCACCCAAAUACCUGCAGGGUAGAGUGAGCUCAAGCCUACAAGGCAUUUCUCUCUCUAAAGGACACAGGAGCAGCCUCUCGCUCCCAGAAGGCCAUUGAUAAAUUUGAACAGGCCAAAGUCUGCUUGACCCAAGAGUGGUGUUCUAUGAAAACCUGAACAGGAAGCACAUAUUAUAAGAUUUCCUAAAAGUACAUUAUGAAGCUGAUGCUGAAUUAGCUCUCUUCAGUUUAGUGUUCUUACUGGAACAGUGAAUUCAGUAUCCAAUUUGUCAGGGAUUUUAUGUUUUGAAUUGCUUUUAGUGUAGCUUAAACUAUGCUGCAGCUCAGCAGGCUCAGUGCCAAUGACUCAUUUUAAUAGAAAAGUAUACCUGAGCAGAUGCAGAGUGCAUUUUUCUCACCACUAUCCCUCCCAGUUUGGUGUCAUCUGCAAAUGUGACAAGCAUCUCCUCAGUUCCUUCACCCAAGUCAUUUAUAAAGACAUUGAACAACAACAGGCCCAGGGACCCCACUUGUCACUUUUUUCCAGGAUGAUAAGGAACCAUUAAUGUAGUCUUUGGGUUUGGUUAGCCAACCAGUUUCAAAUCCACCUUACAGUUACCUCAUUUAGCCCACAUACCACAUACCAGCUUCCUCACAAAAAUAUCAUGGAAGAGUUUGUCAGAAGCCUUACUGAAAUCAAGAUACACUGAGUCCACAGUAUUCUGCUGAUCCACCAAGCUUGUAACUGCAUUGAAAAGAAAAAAGAGAUUCGCCUGGCUUGGCUUGUUUUCGAGAAACCCAUGUUGGAUCUUAGUAAUCACAGCAUCCUUUUCUAAGUGCUCACAGACUUUAUUUAUCUGUUCUAGGAACUUUCCUGGAAUUGAUGUAGUUAAUGCUUUUCCCUUUUGAAGAUGGGGACAUCAUUUGCCCUGGAGAUUUGAGUUCAUUUAAACUAGCCUGGUGUUCUCAGGCCACCCCUUUUCCUAUCUUGAGCUGCAGCUCUCUCCUUGCUUCAUUUAUGUUGUUUUUACCAGGUUGAGCACUGCUUCGCUUUUGGGUGAAGACAGGUGAAAAGUAGGUGGUGAGCAGCUCUGCCUUCUCUCUGUCACCCAAUAGCAUUUCUCCAUCUUCUCCAUUCAAAGGAAUCUCCUACAGCUGUACCUUGGUUUUCGAACGGAAUCCAUUCCGGAAGUCCGUUUGACUUCCAAAAACAUUAGAAAACGAAGGUGCAUCUUCUGAUUGGCUGCAGGAGCUUCCUGAACUCAGUUGGAAGCCGCGGAAGCCACACCAGACAUUCGGCUUCCAAAAGACAUUCACAAAUAGGAACACUCACUUCUGGGUUUGCGGCGUUCGGGAGCCAAAACGUCUGAGUACCAAGGCGUUCGACAACCAAGGUAUGACUGUACUUGCUUUUUCUUUCUCUUGCUUCAAACAUAGCUGAAGAAACAUUUUUUAUUAGUUUUAACCUCUUUUGCAAGCCUGAGCUCAUUCUGCGCUUUAGCCUGCCUGACCUUUACCCUGCAACUGUUGGCUACUUGUGUAUAUUCCUCCUUUGUGAUUUCCCCUUUCUUCCGUUUCUUAUAUAUGCCUUUCUUAAGUUUCAGCUCAUCUGUAAGCUUCUUCUGCAAUUUUCAAGGGUGCUCCUCACUUUUCUUUUUUGUUGGAAUAGUCUGCAUUUAUGCUUUCAAUAUUAUACAUUUAAGAAACUCCUAUCUAUCCUGGACUACAUUCUCUUUCAGUAUUUCUGACCAUGGGAUAUCACCCAGUAGCUCUUUAAGAUUUUUGAAAUCAGCCUCCUUAAAGAUGAGAGUGCAUGCUCCCCCCCCCCCCCCGGUCAGCUUGGAAAGCUUGAUGCCCAAUGGGAAUGCUGUUGGCAUCUUCACUUAGGAAAAAUAGAUCCAGAUAUUGGAAGUUAUCCAGGCAAACCAAUGUGGGCAAGCGGCAAUGCUUUUUUACAGUCAGGCAGGGCUGUAUUUCUGAGAGAAUGGACAAGGAAGUACAUCCUAGGCUUGCUUCCCAGCCCCAAUUUGUCCUGUUAAUCCAUCUUUUUGUUUCCCCCCACAUUAGCUACUCUUAUUGGUGCCAGUCAUUUUUUUCACUCCCGUAGAUUUGUGAGGGCUUCCGUUUACAACAUGCAUCCUUGCUUUGUGCAGUGCUUUUGUUUCCCCUGUUAACUUCACUUAGCUCAUUUCCUCUGUUCUUUUCACAUCAUGUUAUGAUUGUUCUCCCUAUUUUCCCACUGCAGGCUACUUUGCUCCUAAAGUGGGCAAUGAGUAAUGGAACAAAAAAGAACCUUCCAAACUAGACAGAAAUGGGUAUCUUUUGUAUUGUGUUUGUUUUGUUGACAUAAUUAUUUCAGUUUGUGUGCCUCUUAAAAAAAUGUGGACUUUGAUUUUAACUUUAUUUUUAGUGCUUCCAUUUCCAGGACUAACCAGGUCUGCAGCACGCAUGUAUACCCUCCAGCCUUUUGUGAGAAAAAUUCAGGGCAACCCACCACCACCUAUCUUCACUGACCACUUCCUCGCCUGCCCUCCCUACCUCCCUCCUCUUACCUUUGCUGUCUUCAUCCUCCUGAAGUGGCCUCCAUGAGACGCUGCGCAACCUAGAGUGGCCUCCAGCAGAUCACGCCAGGCCAUGUGGCUUCGGUAGAGGCUGCCUGGCCUAGAGCAUCCUCCAGGAAGCUUGUGCCAGGCCGUGUUGCGUCAGGAGAAGUGGUGUGGCCUGGAGUGGCCUCUGGGAAAAUUGGGGCAUCCUGGAUUGGUAUCAGAAGCCAGGGCAGCUUCUGUAAAUUCGGGGUGUCCCAAUUAAAUCGGGACACUUGAAGGUUCUGCACAUGUAGCAAAUAUUACCUGAAGUAUUGUAGUAUAUGUGACUUUGUAUAUAUGACUUUUCAAAGAUAAGGCAUGCGUGUCUGUACAAGUCAUUUGUGACACACCCAUUUGUUAAUACACAAAUCCCUGGCACUUGGUGAUGUGGCUCACUAGCUGCCAUUCUUUUUAAAUUUCCUUCAUGUUCCUCAAAGACCUAUGCCAGGUCAUACAGUGGCUGAAAUUGUGAAUGGAAAAGUUGACCCACUCCUACUGAGAUCUCCUUAGGUAGGGUUGCCAUAUUUCAAAUAGUAAAAUUCCUGACACCCACAAAGUUGAGGGCUUUUUUUUUUGUUUUUUUGAAACCGCCAAAAUUGUUUCCACUGCUUUUUCUGUCGGGGCUUCCCUGACAUUUUGGCAAUUCAACAAAAUUCCCUCAACACCAUUUUUACACCAGAAAACCAGGACAUGUCAGGAAUUUUCCUGACGUAUGGCAAACCUUAGGGGGCCUUUGGCAAGCCAUUGUUCUCUCUGCCCCAUCCCUCACCUGCUCUGCACACAGUGAGGAUAAUACUGAACAUUUAGUUCACUGGGUUCUUGUAAAAAUUACCAAGGUAAUGGAUGAAGUGCAUUGAAUAAAAUGCUAUAUUAUGCUGGAACUACCUGCUAUCAAGACAAAUCACACAUGGGACAGACAAUCCACCAUUUUUUCUUCCCCCUGACUUUGAAUAGGAUAAAUUGUGUAUUUGGGUUCAGUCUGCAACAUUUCUGAGUAACAAGUUGUUCUGGCCUUCUUUUUCACCUCCCUGAUGGUGGGAAAGGGGGCAGUAGGGGAGGAAGGGCUAUGGAGAUCUCAUGAGCACAUCAGAUGCAUAAGGGAGAAGGGCCAUCAGCUCUGCCUCCAACAAGAUGUGUCCUGUCCCCAAACCUUUAUUUACUUGAUUUCUCUGUUGGUUUACACAAACAUGCUCCCAGGUUCCGCCCCUGAGAAUAUCUUCUCAUUGUUUCCGCCCUCAUCUUGCAUUCUCAUUUCCACCUCCCAUUCCCUGGCCCUGCUCCAUUCACCAGCCUCUCUCUGGCUGUCCAAUCCCCACAUCUUAUUAUUCUCUUGCAGGGAAUAAGAAGUGUAAGGGGACGCGGGUGGCGCUGUGGUCUAAAUCACUGAGCCUCUUGGGCUCGCUGAUCAGAAGGUUGGUGGUUUGAAUCUGCUUGAUGGGGUGAGCUCCCGUUGUUUUCCCCCAGCUCCUGCCAACCUAGCAGUUCGAAAGCACAUCAGUGUAAGUAGAUAAAUACCGUAUUUUUCGCUCUAUAAGACGCACCAGACCACAAGACGCACCUAGUUUUUGGAGGAGGAAAACAAGAAAAAAAAUAUUCUGAAUCUCAGAAGCCAGAACAGCAAGAGGGAUCGCUGCGCAGUGAAAGCAGCAAUCCCUCUUGCUGUUCUGGCUUCUGGGAUAGCUGCGCAGCCUGAAUUCGCUCCAUAAGACGCACACACAUUUCCCCUUACUUUUUAGGAGGGAAAAAGUGAGUCUUAUAGAGCAAAAAAUACGGUAAGUACCAUUGCAGUGGGAAGGUAAAUGGUGUUUCCGUGCGCUCUGGCUUUUGUCACGGUCCUCUGUGCUCCAGUGGUGGUUUAGACCUGCUGGCCACAUGAUCCAGAAAGCUGUCUGUGGACAAACGCCAGCUCCCUUGGUCUGAAAAGCGAGAUGAGCACCACACCCCAUAAUUGCCGUUGACUAGACAUACCUGUACGGGGUCCUAUACCUUUUACUUUUUACCUCAGUUUAGUUUUCCACAUCAAGCCAAGCUGUGUGCAUAGGAUCCCCUGCUCCUGACUGCCAAGAUUUAGAGGUGGUGUGGUUAACCUGUGUGGCCCUCCUCAUAUUGUUGGACUACAACUCCUAUCAUCCCUGGGUCAUGUCUAGGGCUCUGACUCCUUGUGCUCAGGUCAUGGAUUCAGAAGAUAUGUCAGACUUGAAGCAGAAUGUGCCCUUUGAGCCAGUUUGACAUGCCUGCCUCCUCAGGAAUCCCAGCACCAGAGGAGCCCAUGAUGGCAGCCCUUGUGCAGUCAGAUGAAGUUCAUGGACUUCCACUUCCUCUGCUCCACUGGGCCAGUGGCUCUGAAACAGGCUGGAUCGCCUUAAGAAUUGGACUCAUCAGAAUUGGGGCUAGCUGCUCAAAGGAAGCUGUCAACCUAUUUAAGAGGCUCAUCCACACCUCGGAUUUGUCUCCCUAAGUGUGCUGCCUGUCAGCUGUGGGCUUCCCCUACUUGCUUAAAAUUGUGCUACUCCUUUGGCUUCAGCUUUCUGUAAGGAGCAUCUGCUUCAGUUUCCAUACAUAUCUAGGGGGGAUGUUAAAUGCUCUCGUGCAGCAGUGUCAAUUAAACAGACAUCUGGCACGUAAAUUCAAAUUGCUAUUGUUAAAAUUAGCACUUUAAUUAAGAAGCUUGAACUUUAUUAUGAUCAUUUAGCAAGUAGAUUGCUACUGAAAUUUCCAGCACAUGUUACUACAUUUUAAUCUUUAGCGAUACUUAAUUCAGUUGAAUUUAAUGGAAUCAAUUUACAUUGGAAUAUUUGGACAGAACUGCUUUGGAAAAUCAUACCUAGGGCUGAGGAAAUAACUUUGCUUUCCCUUUUUUAACAUUCUGGUCAACUCCGGGACUCGUUAUGGUGUCACAAGCUCCAAGUGGAAUAUUUCUAACAGAUCUGAAGGUCUUGAUGCUGAUUAUUAUCUGAUUUUAUUAAGCAGAUCCAAAAAACGUUUCCCUUCAGGCUCUUGCUGUACUACUUUGCUACCACCCAACCAGGGGAAAGUGUUUCCUAGAGACCUGAACGCAUCAUGCCAAAUCAAAUUACAAGUUCUAUGGCUUUUGUUAUACAGUUACAACUAAAUAUUUCUGGCAGGCAGAAGUGCCCUUUCCUUAUGGGAAGCGGGAGGGGCUGUAGCUCCUUGGAAGAGCCUCUGCUUCGCAUGCUGAGGAACCUUUGGAUCCACCCUGGACAUCUCCAAGCAGGGCUGGGGAAAAUGGUCGCCUGCAGUGCUGGAGAGAUGCUGCCCCUCACUGCCCCCAUACUGAGCUAGGCAGACAACAGCUUCCUAAAUUUAUAUUUUUCAUAUCUUAUUUGAAGGCGGAGAGGGUGAGGUGAGGGCAAGAUGUUUUUUAAAAAUAAAGUUUCAGAUAACUUAUUGGUCCCAUUCACACACAACAGUAAAUAUUUGGCUUUAUAUUACAUCAGAGCUGGGAACUCAUAAUUUAUUUCACUCAAGCAAACUGCAGUUGGGAAGUCAAGAACAAACAUUGGCUUUACCUUGUGGCUUGUUAGGAACAAAACAAAUCACUGAAAUGUUUUUGGAUAUAAUGUUAGGCCAGGAAUCAUUGUUUAUUGCUCCCACCUACAUUGCAGCAAGAGCAUAGAGGGAGCCACGUGUGUGUUUGUGGUACACCAUUAAGCAUGGAAACAGCUGGGAAUCCUCCAGGCAAGCAGAUUCUGAGUAAUGCUUGAGAUUCCCAGAGGGACAGGGUGGAUGGUGUCUGGGCACAAGCAGGUCCAGUUGUGGAGGAAAAUGCUGACUAGAUACAGGACUGUCAGGUCCCUGGAGGGAGAGUAUUGCAAGAGUCUCAGCACCAGCUUAAAUCUUAAAUCCUUCCUCAUCUGACUUCCCCUCUGUUAUGUACUGAGCUUGAAUCCUAGAAAAAUAGGCUGGUAGGAUCCUAGAAUGCAACAACCUGAUUGGCCAACAGGAGCACCCAAAAGUAGUAUAUUUCACCACCCACCUUGCUGCAGAGGGAAGUCUUAAAAGGAGCAUACUCAGGCCUGGGUAUGGGUGUAGCCAGGGCAGGGCUGGGGGAGAGCUCCCCCCCAAUUAAGUAAGUAAAUAAAAAUACUUAACUAAAAGUAGAAAUUGUAGAAAGAUUUUGACAGAUUUUCCUGAGCACUUGGGUGUGGGGAGCUCCAAGCUGGCAGCAUUCUUGGCUCUCCAUGGUGGAUGAUGGCACCAUUGGUGGGAUUUGGCUGACCCUCUGCCCCACUGCCCCAAGGCUGCUGCGCAUGUGGUACCCAAUGUCUGAAGGGGGCCUAAUGAGUUGGGGACCUUGUUCAGAGUCAGAAUCAAGGAGAUCUCUACACCAAGAAAGAGUUCCAGAGUAAACUGUCUUUAGACUUGUUAGCAAAAACAGUUGUAAAUUCAAAUCAACACAUUACUGUUAAACAACUAGGAAUGCAGUUCAGCUUUUUUUAGGUUCUUGCUUGUUAAUUCAUGCAAGUCCUUCAAUUUGCUUGCUCACUAUGUGAAAAUUCACUAAUCCAAAGAUAAAGAAUCAUGCCCCGACCUCACUAUACACUUUGCACAAUCAGAUAUCCAAACAGCCAGUUUGCCCACUUCCUUGCUUGCUUGCUUGCUUACUUGAGCUUUGCUGGUUUGCAGCAGCCAUAUUAGGGCAGAAACCAUGUAGGGCUGGGAGAGAGAUCCGACAAAUCAGCUUUUCCUUUAUCUCUUUUGCUGGUUGGCUGCAGCUAUUUCAGGAAGAAACCAUGGAGGGAGGCAGGAGAGAGAUUGGACAAAUCAUGGAUUAGAAAUGUUCCCGUAGGAAUCAUAGAAAUAGUUGACUCUUUGUGUGAAUGCUCGACUAAUGAACAAUUUCCAAGGAACGCGUUGUGUUAGGGUAGUGGGACCACGUGCAGAGUCCAAGUACUAUUCUCCCUCUGGUCCCAGAGAGCCAUUUGGAUAAGCAAGUUCAUUAGGUAAACAUUUUGCAGCUUUAGCUGCACAAGUACCGUUUGCACUUGCUACAGUUCUCUGAAAAAAGCAGACACUCUGCAAAUGCAAACCACCACAUAAUAUUUUAUAUACAUUGAACAUAUAUCCUUUACAUAAGUUUGCACUGAAAUCAAGGAGACAAACUAAUAAUGAGUUUCUAUUGAAAUCAAUAGCAUGUAAUGCCACCAGCUUCAUUUCUAUCUAAUUGUUUAUGAUUAAUUUUGUUUAUAUACUAUAUUUAAUAAUAAUAUAUAUAUAAUAUAAAUUCAUAUGUUUAUAUAUGUUUAUAUACUAUAUAAUCUUGUUUAUAUACUAUUUACUAAUACUAUAGUGUACUUCUGAUAAUUUUGGAAUAAUGGAUCUCUAAUAGCUACUCUUUUUCUUUCUAGUUAACGGUCUACUGACAAUUGGAUUAGCAGGUAAGAGGUCUAAUCUGCAUGUUUCUGUUUGCUCUUGUUCCUGAUGUCUCUUUUAUAAAGGAAACUUUCAAAGUAUUGAUUUCUGGUGCCUUCACUGGGCUUUUUUGAUUAUGUGCUGAAUUAAAGAAAGAUGGCAAACUGAUUAUAUUUCAGGGUGGCAAGCUUGAAGCUUUUACAUACAAACUCGAAAUGUUUGCAAGAGCUGCUUUAGAAACACAAUUUCCCCCCUACCUGGAGAGGUAGCAUGUGUGAAGUCUGGUAUGAAGUGCUCUUUAUUUUUUCUAUGAGUGCUGUGACUGGGAAUUUGACAUGUAUCUCCGUAUGCAAAGAAAAAGGAAAAAGCCAACCAUACUUCACAAAUGAGGGCUUUCACAUUUCAUCCUAUACAGAUUUAAUAUGAAGCGGCCACAAUGAUGGGAAGGAUUGGUGCCAUUCCCAUAAACAGGUCUUCUUGCAUAGAGCUGGAAUGGCAAGGUUGGCCUUUGCUUUGCUCUUGCACAUAGACACAUUCACAAAGAAUGAUCUGGAUUGUUGCAUAUGCUGAAUCAAAUGUCACUCAACAGUGACAAAAAUCAUACUAUAAAAUAAGGGGCCUGAUCCUGUUGCUUUUAAUGCCUAAAUAGGGCAAAACAGUGACUUGAAUCCCAGGCAGGGGUGCCGACUUGCCCCCAACAUUGGGGGCUUGGUCAUGUGAUGCCGCCUGGUGUGCGCUGGGUGGGGGCUAUCUUUGCUUCACUCGUCCCAGCUGCAGUUCCGCUCCUGGGCUCCCAGGCUACGGCUGGGAGGAGCAAGUGCAGAGAUUGCCCUCUGCACUUGUCCCAGUCACCUUCUGGCUCCUAGGCUGCUGGCCGGAGGCUGGGGUGUGCAGAGGGCACCUGGCAGUGGCAGGAAGUAAUAGCCCCCUCAAUAUUGGAGGGGGUGCUGCCCCCUGCCCAAAAAUAUUGGGGGAGCUGACUUAUUCAGACUGAUUUAUAGUGGGGCUUUUUCCUGUGUGUAGAUCCACCCCCAAUAUAAGAUAAGAAAUCCUACCCUACUAUAGUCUCCAGCUUCUAUUAAGGCAAAAAUAGACAUCAUUAUGCAUUAUUUACAGAUUUUGGUCAGAAACAGAGUUGUAAACCAGGAGCAGAGCAGAGCAGAGCACUCUACUGCCUGAGCCUUAAGGAACCAAAAUAACCACACUAGAACAAUGAAAUAGUAACUAUGCAGUUCAUGGUACAUGGUACAUCCUGAAUGUCCGUAUGCACAAGAUGGUGGCACGUUCACACUCUGCGGCUUUGAGCCCCCGAUAAGGGUGUGUGCUGUUUGGAAUAAUAUGUGUAUGGAUGUGUUUGCACAAUGUGGUGCGAGGAGCGGACUUCACCUACUCACGCAUAGAACUGGUAAACAUCAGGCUUGCAAGGAAAUUAGAGAUAACGAGAGGGUUUCAGCAGUCCCACAGUAUACCAAAUUGCAUAGCGAGAUCUCCAGGUUCUCCAUGGAUUGUCAUUGGGAGGGGGAAGUGCCAAGAGAAGCGAAAGAGAAAGGAGCGAAAAUAAAGGCGAGGGUGCAGAGCUGGUUUGUUGACUCGGCUUUGAAAACAACCCACUAGAUCAGCACUGCCAAGUGUCUUCCUGACUAACAUCAGAUCUCUUGUCCAUAAAUUUGACAAACUAGAGUUACAGAUGGCAGUAAGUAAGCCUCUUUGUGAGAGCUGUUUUGCAAUUAUUACGGAAACCUAUUAUGGAAACUUUCAGCAAUACCAGAUGCGGCAGUGGAGCUGACAAACCAAGUAAUUUAUCGCUCUGAUAGAAACAGUAAUUUUGGUAAGGCUAGGGGAGGAGGAAUCUGAAUUUAUAUACACAGUGGUUGGUGUAUUAACAGCAGAGUAGCUUAUACGUACUGCUCCCCAGAUGUGGAAUUGAUGGUAGUUACAUGUAGGCCCCCCUUCAUGGAUCACUGCCUUGCUGUGGCAAAGGGGCUUGAAUAACUCAGAGAAGCUAUGAACUAUGUCGAGCAGGGCACCCAAGAUGGACAGGUCAUAGUGGAGAGUUUUGACCAAACGUGAUCCACCUGGAGGAGGAACCGGCAAGCCACUCCAGUAUCCCUGCCAAGAAAACUCAAUGGACAAAGACAACAGACAUAUAAAAGUUAUGACGCUGGAAGAUGAGCCCCUCAGGUCGGAAGGCGUCCAACAUGCUACCGGGGAAGAGCGGAGGACAAGUACAAGUAGAUUCAGAGCUGAUGAAGCAGCUGAGCCAAAGCCGAAAGGUUGCUCAGUUGCGGAUAUGCCUGGAAGCGAAAGGAAAGUCCAAUGCUGUAAAGAAAAAUAUUGCAUAGGAACCUGGAAUGUAAGAACCAUGAACCUUGGUAAGUUGGAUGUUGUCAGGGGUUCAGGGAGAGAGGCACAGGGUAGGCAGGAGAUGGAGAGCGAUGGGGAUGAAUUCCAAGCCAGCGAGGAAGAGGAUGACAAUGACUCAAGAGAUUCCAUGAGUCUUUCCAGCGAAUCAGAGGAUUCCCAGAAGGGGGCGCCGGUGGUCAAGGCCAGGGGAGCCCCAGGGGGGAGGUGUCAGGAGCAGGGGGCCAGCGGAGGAUCCCAAAGUGGCAGCUGGGCGUCAGGACCAGCCUCCCCACCAGAGUGCAGCGAAAGGGGUGGAGCUUCCAGUGUGUCAGAGGAAGCAGCUCCGGCAGCAGAGAAAGGAGGGCGGUCAGAGCAAGCCGCCCUCCCGGAAGGGGAGGGGAGCAGUGAAGGGAGUAGUGUAACUGUCAAAAGGAAAGUUAGAGGUUUGGCGCGCGCGCCUAGUUCAAAUGUAGAGGCGCGGGGAAGUACAGGGAGCCCGGAGGAGGGGCCAGGUCCCAAAGCCCGCAGGAGGGGGGAAGAGCAGUCUGAUUCCGCGUCAGAGGAAUCCAGGAGGGGCGAAACCCCAGCGGGCAGAAGGACCCUGCGGAAAGGAAGGAGAGAAAGAGGUGGAGCAGCGCAAGCCUCUUAAAUUGGUGCAGGGGAGGGACCGGAUUCAGAGGGGACUUCAGCGGUCUAAGCGUAAGAGACGUAAGGCUGCGCGCCUAGGAUGUCAAGCAAACAAUGAACUGCAAUAAACACCUUUGUAUAUAAGAAGACAUAGGCGUUGGUCUUUUGUGAGCUGAGACUUGAGGCAGCUUUGACAGAUGUGGUCAAAAAUGAGAUGGCAAGAAUAAAUAUUGACAUCCUGGGCAUCAGUGAACUAAAAUGGAAUGGGCGAAUUCAGUUCGGAUGACCAUCAUAUCUACUACAGUAUGGGCAAGAAUCCCAUAAAAGAAAUGGAGUGGCCCUCAUAGUUAACAAAAGAGUGGCGAGAGCUGUACUGGGAUGCAAUCUCAAAAAUGAUAGAAUGAUCUUGAUACGAAUCCAAGGCAGACCAUUUAACAUCACAGUAAUCCAAGUUUAUGCACCAACUACUGGAGCUGAAGAAACUGAAAUUGACCAAUUCUGUGAAGACUUACAACACCUUAUAGAAGUGACACCAAAGAAGGAUGUUCUUUUCUUUUCUUUUCUUUUUUAAAUGAUAUUUAUUGGAAUUUUUUUUUUUAAAUUACAUACACACAAAAGACAAGACAGAAAAAAAUAAAAAAAAUAAAACCAUCACUCUCAAAUUCUCCACUUUCAGUACCUUCUUUCUUUGACCUCGUCCUCCUCCUCCCUUUUCUUGUAUCCUGAUUAAUAAUAAUCACAGCAAAUCCUUUCCAUAAUUCAUAGUAUUCUGUCAUUACAUUACCUUAAUGUAUUUUCAUCUUAUCUUAUAAAAAAAACACCUUAAAGUUUAAAACUUAAAUCUUAUUUUUACCAACUUCUCCUAGCCAUAACAUUCUUAACAAAUUCUUUAGACAUUUUUACAAGAGCCAAGUAAUUUCAUUUCAACAUUUUUCUAGCAUUCAUCAAUUUUAUAGAACAAUCCUAAUGAUAAAAAAAAAGAAAUAAACAAUCCAAUCUUCAUCCAGCGUCCCUUCCUCCUGGUCCCGGGUUUUGUCAGUCCUUUUUAUCUUAUUAGUCUAGCACAUUAACCUGGUAAUCUUAUAUCCAAGCCCUCAAGUCUCUUCCAUGUCGCUUCCGCAGCUCUUCUUCAUAUUUUCCUUUCAUUCGUGGGAACUCCAGCUUGGUAAUGUUUUUGACCCUUUUCAACAAAUCAGCCCCUUUUCCAUAGUCCAGACUAGACUCCAUGUGGUAUUUAAAAACAAGUUUCAGAUUCCCUCCAAAAUUGAGAGCCCCCACAGCUCCAAACAUCUGACGGUCCAUUGCCAGACUCGAAAAGUCCAAAUUUCCCUGUAUAGGGGGGUCUGUCCAACCCCCCAUUUCCAAACCAAACCAAACUUUAUCUUUCCAAGUCUGGUUUUUUCCAAGUUCAUUUGUCAAAUCCAAAAAUUUAUGUUCCUGCUGGGCCGCAGCUCCCUCCGUCUCUGGCGCCCAAGAUUCAGCAGCAUCCUCUUCUCUCACUGUUCUGUCAUGGCACACUCCUGUUUUAGCUCCUGGGAGGGCUCCAUAUAAUUUCCCACUACCUGUUCAAAGGUUCUGGCCGCAUUAGUCAUCAAAUCCGUCUUCUGGCUUAACUGAUCCAAUAGGGCAUUUAUUUUGCAGAGAGCACCCAGCAGUGCUUCUGAAGACAUUGUCCUGCAAGGUCACAAAUCCUUUGCCACGGUUGUAAUCUGUGGCAGCUGCAAGCUCCCAGGGAUUAGUUACAAUUUCACAGUCCCCCUCUAGGGGGAAAUCUUCUGAUUGUUCUUUCUUUUAAAAACAAUAGCAACAAAGUUUCUUUUUUAAGGUAUUUUGUCCAUAUUUGUUCUUUUUAAAAUGCGAAAGGAAACAAUGGAAUCACUAUGUUUCUCUUCUUUUAACUAUCUGUCAAAGACAUUUGUUUCUGGUCAAUGAGCUUCAAACGUCAAUUCUGACACCCCGCUCCAGGAUCAGGACGGUGGAAAAUUACUUUGCUUUAAACUCACUUCUGCAGGUUUAAACAGCCCAAAAAAGAUCCCCCUUCUUCUCCUGCUACCGAAGGGGGGUUCAGCGAUUUUAAAUGAUGAAAACCAAUCCUUUGAAAGUGAUUUUUAAAGCUCUAGUUUAUGUUGUCUUUGCUUUAUUCUGGCUACAAGGAAACGGAAGGCUGACUUCCUGUUUAGACCUUACCGUUUCAGUACCAAAUUAAGGUAAAUUUUUAAGUCCAAAUUCCUUUCUAUUUCGCCAGUUCUUAUUUAAAGUCCAAAUGUUCAAUGUUCCAGUACUCACGGGUGGUUAUUUUAGAUGCCAAAUUGUCCCAGGAAAAGGCAGCGCUCUCCGGCAACGGCUAUGUGGCUUCGCUCCGCAGAAAAAGCAAUUGACUCACAGCACCGCGCCACUUCCCCCUCUUCGCUUCGGAGCCCAUUAGUGGGUUCCUUUGCGGGUUGGGGGGCGCUAAGGGUGCCCGCCGAGUCCCACGGUCACAGGCUUCAUCCGCCUGUGAUUUCCAGAAGGGUCCCCGCUUCGCCGUAGCGGAAAAGACCCGUUUCAUGCGGAGCUAGUCCCUCCAGUUCAGAGGGAGUCCACCAUUACCGAUGGCGCCACCCCGGAAGUCGAAGGAUGUUCUUUUCAUCAUAGGGGAUUGGAAUGCUAAAGUAGGGAAUCAAGAGAUAAAAGGAACAACUGGCAAGUUUGGCCUUGGAGAUCAAAACGAAGCAGGGCAAAGGCUAAUAGAGUUCUGUCAAGAGAACAAGCUGGUCAUCACAAACAAUCUUUUCCAACAAGACAAGAGACGACUCUACACAUGGACAUCACCAGAUGGGCAGCAUCGAAAUCAGAUUGAUUAUAUUCUCUGUAGCCAAAGAUGGUGAAACUCUAUACAGUCAGCAAAAACAAGACCUGGAGCUGACUGUGGCUCAGAUCAUCAGCUUCUUAUAGAAAAAUUCAGGCUUAAACUGAAGAAAGUAGGAAAAACCACUGGCCCGGUAAGAUACAAUCUAAAUCAAAUCCCUUAUGAAUACACAGUGGAAGUGAGGAACAGGUUUAAGGAUUUAGAUUUGGUGCCUGAAGAACUAUGGAUGGAGGCUUGUAACAUUAUACAGGAGGCAGCAACGAAAACCAUCCCAAUGAAAAGGAAAUGCAAGAAAGCAAAGUGGCUGUCCAACGAGGUCUUACAAAUAGCGGGGGAGAGAAGGCAAGCAAAAUGCUAGGGAGAUAGUGAAAGAUAUAGGAAAUUGAAUGCAGAUUUCCAGAAAAUAGCAAGGAGAGACAAGAAGGCCUUCUUAAACGAGCAAUGCAAAGAAAUAGAGGAAAACAACAGAAUGGGAAGAACCAGAGAUCUGUUCAAGAAAAUUGGAGAUAUGAAAGGAACAUUUCGUACAAAGAUUACCAUAAUAAAGGACAAAAGUGGUAAGGACCUAACAGAAGCAGAAGACAUCAAGAAGAGGUGGCAAGAAUACACAGAGGAAUUAUACCAGAAAGAUAUGGAUGGCUCGUAUACCCCAGGUAGUGUGGUUGCUGACCUUGAGCCAGAUAUCCUGGAGAGUGAAGUCAAAUGGGCCGUAGAAAGCACUGCAAAUAACAAGGCCAGUGGUAUUCCAGCUGAACUAUUUAAAAUUUUAAAAGAUGAUGCUGUUAAGGUGCUACACUCAAUAUGCCAGCAAGUUUGGAAAACUCAGCAGUGGGCAGAGGAUUGGAGAAGAUCAGUCUACAUCCCAAUCCCAAAGAAGGGCAGUGCCAAAGAAUGCUCCAACUACCACACAACUGCACUCAUUUCACACCCUAGCAAGGUUAUGCUUAAAAUUCUACAAGGUAGGCUCAAGCAGUAUGUGGACCGAGAACUCCCAGAAGUGCAAGCUGGAUUUAGAAGAGGCAGAGGAACCAGAGACCAAAUUGCAAACAUACGCUGUAUUAUGGAGAAAGCUAGAGCGUUCCAGAAAGACAUCUACUUCUGCUUCAUUGACUAUGCAAAAGCCUUUGACUGCGUUGACCACAGCAAACUAUGGCAAGUUCUUAAAGAAAUGGGAGUGCCUGAUCACCUCAUCUAUCUCCUGAGGAAUCUCUAUGUGGGACAAGAAGCUACAGUUAGAACUGGAUAUGGAACAACUGAUUGGUUCAAAAUUGGGAAAGGAGUACGACAAGGCUGUAUAUUGUCUCCCUGCUUAUUUUACUUAUAUGCAGAAUUCAUCAUGCGAAACGCUGGGCUGGAUGAACCCCUAGCCGGAAUUAAGAUUGCCGGAAGAAAUAUCAACAACCUCAGAUAUGCAGAUGACACAACCUUGAUGGCAGAAAUUGAGGAGGAAUUAAAGAACCUUUUAAUGAGGGUGAAAGAGGAGAGUGCAAAAUAUGGUUUGAAGCUCAACAUCAAAAAAACGAAGAUCAUGGCCACUGGUCCCAUCAUCUCCUGGCAAAUAGAAGGGGAAGAAAUGGAGGCAGUGAGAGGUUUUACUUUCUUGGGCUCCAUGAUCACUGCAGAUGGUGACAGCAGCCACAAAAUUAAAAGACGCCUGCUUUUUGGGAGAAAAGCAAUGACAAACCUAGACAGCAUCUUAAAAAGCAGAGACAUCACCUUGUCAACAAAGGUCCGUACAGUUAAAGCUAUGGUUUUCCCAGUAGUGAUGUAUGGAAGUGAGAGCUGGACCAUAAAGAAGGCUGAUCGCCGAAGAAUUGAUGCUUUUGAAUUAUGGUGCUGGAGGAGACUCUUGAGAGUCCCAUGGACUGCAAGAAGAUCAAACCUAUCCAUUCUUAAGGAAAUCAGCCCUGAGUGUUCACUGGAAGGACAGAUCCUGAAGCUGAGACUCCAAUACUUUGGCCACCUCAUGAGAAGAGAAGACUCCCUGGAAAAGACCCUGUUGUUGGGAAAGAUGGAGGGCACAACGAGAAGGGGACGACAGAGGACGAGAUGGUUGGACAGUGUUGUCGAAGCUACCAGCAUGAGUUUGACUAAACUGCGGGAGGCAGUGGAAGACAGAAGUGCCUGGCGUGCUCUGGUCCAGGGGGCCACGAAGAGUCGGACACAACUAAACGACUAAACAACAACAACAACAACAACAACAUCAUGUAGGCCAUUAAAUCUGCCUAGAGAAGUAACUGUGAUAAUUAUCAUAGCCGCUUACAUUCCACCUGAUGCUAAUGUCAGAGCAGCAUUUUCUAAACUAUAUGACGUUAUACCUUUGUUGUUGUUGUCAUACCUAGGCAGCAGCAAAUCCAUCCAGAGGGCGUCCUUGUUGUGGCAGGGGAUUUCAAUCAGGCCUGCCUGAAGACAGUUUUUCCUAAGUUUGAACAGUAUGUGAAUUUUGCCACUAGAGGGAAGAAUAUUUUGGACUGUGUGUAUUCCAAUCUGAAGCAGGCAUACAGGGCAAUUUCCCUCCCCCACAUAGGUUCAUCUGACCAUUCUUCACUUUUUUAUGUCCAAAGUAUAUCCCUCUUAGGAGAAGAAUUCAGCCAGUUAUAAAAAACAGUUAGAAUCUGGCCAGAGGGCGCUUUCAGUCAGCUCCAGGAUUGUUUUGAAAGUACUGAUUGGAGCGUGUUUGAACAUCAAAAUCUGCACAGAUACACAGACGCUGUACUUUCUUACGUUAAAGUGUGCACUGAUAAUGUAACAAUGGAGAGGUGCAUUAGAGUCUAUGGGAACUGCAAACCUGAAGUAAGGUUGGGAUACUGAAAGCUCGGGAUACUGCCUUCAAGGCAAGGGAACAUAGAUAUAUACAGAGGGGCAAGAACAAAGCUCAGGAAAGGCAUUAAGGCGGCAAAACAACAAUAUAAGCUUAAGGUGGAGAAUUGCCUAGCCAUUAACAACACGAAACAAGUGUGGCAGGGACUGCAGCAUCUAACCAACUAUAAGGGCAAUAUGAGGAACACGGUUAAGGCCGAUGAUUUGUUGGCAGAGGAGCUGAACAUAUUCUUCGCCCACUAUGAGGUAAAAAGAUCAGGUAUCAUAGCUCCUGCCGCCAGCCUACAAACUCUCAGCCACUUAUUCUAUAUGACCAUCAAGUGAAAGCUGCAUUGAGGGCGGUGAAUCCCAGUAAAGCUGCUGGACCAGAUGGGGUGCUGGGGAUAGUGGUAAAAAAUUGUGCCAAUCAGCUAGCAGGGGUCCUGACAAGGAUUUUUAACAUCUCUCUGCAAACGGCUUGUGUUCCAUCAUGUUUGAAAGCAGCCACCAUUGUCCCAGUCCCAAAGAAAACAGCAACUAACUGCCUAAAUGACUACAGACCUAUUGCAUUAACAUCUGUAGUGAUGAAAUGCUUUGAGAGAUUGGUCCUUCAACACCUUAGGACAUGCCUUCCACUGGAUUUUGAUAAACAUCAGUUCGCCUAUAGGAGAAAUAGGUCAACAGAUGAAGCCUUUCCCCUUGCAGCGAGUCAUCUGGAGAGACUGGGGAAUUAUGUUAGAAUUUCAUGUUAGAAUGUUGUUUAUUGAUUAAAGCUUGGCUAUUAAUACCAUCCUUCCAGACAUUCUUAUCAAAAAGCUGAUGGAACUAGACCUUUCUUCUACCAUCUGUGACUGGAUUAAAGACUGAUUGAGGGAUCGGACACAAACAGUGAGGAUUGGGCCUGUUGCAUCUACCUCCCUGAAGCUCAGCACUGGCACCCCACAGGGACGUGUGCCAAGUCCCUACCUCUACUUGUUGUAUACAUAUGACUGUAUUUCAUCUGAUCCACCCACUGUAAUUAUUAAGUUUGCAGAUGAUACUACCGUAAUGGGUCUAAUUACAGGUGGAGAUGAAUCAGUGUACGGGGGGAGGUUCAAAAAGUAUCUACAUCCGGGUCAGCAACCUUUUUCAGCCGUGGUCUGGUCCACCGUCCCUCAGACCAUGUGGUGGGCUGGACUAUAUUUUGAAAAAAACAAAAACAAUUUCCUAUGCCUCACAAAUAAUCCAGAGAUGCAUUUUAAAUAAAGCACACAUUCUACUCAUGUAAAAACACCAGGCAGGCCCCACAAACAACCCAGGGAUGCAUUUUAAAUAAAAGGACACAUUCUACUCAUGUAAAAACACGCUGAUUCCCCAACCGUCCGCGGGCCGGAUUGAGAAGGUGAUUGGGUCGCAUCCGGCCCUCGGACGUUAGGUUGCCUGAUCUACCCUGUUAAGUUGUGGGUGAACAUAUCAGACGACACAGUAAUUCUUCAAACAGCUCUUGUUUAUUCAGAGGCCAGAACAGAACUGAGCUGAAGGGUUCAGUCAGCCUGCUUAUAUAGAGCUCCAGUACACAUAAUUGUGACAACUUUCUAAAACUAUCCAAUCACUGAACGUCACUUUCGAUCCUUCAUUUGCAUAACUAUCUACAGUAUCCCCCUGCUGGCCCAGGGUGAGAACUUCAGUACAUAACACCCCUCCCCACCGAGAUAAGGCGUUAGUUACAAUUGUAAUGGUUUCCUUAUAUACAGCACUACACGUAAUGGUUCAGUUAGGCACAAAAGCAUAUCGGUUACAUUUCACAUACUUCCAUUAGACCAACAGUAUUACAUGUCCAACAACAUAGUCCUUUAAAUAAGUUGGGCGCUUGGAAACUCUGCCAGACUGCCGGGGAGUGGUACCCAGGUCCGGUGGGCUGCCUGAUUCUUGCUGAGGCUGUGGCGCGACCCUAGGUGGCGUUGAAACCAAGUCCCCUGGAUCCGCUGCUCUGGGUGGAACCUCCGCAAGUGGAGUUGGUGGAAUGUCAGGCACGGCAGUGGUCUGAGUUUGUGGGAAGUCUGGCAGACCCUCUGAAGCGGCUUGGUUCGGCUCCACGCCUGCAGUUUGUGAGAGAGGUGUAGGUGGAGCCUCACCAUCUGUAAGUGUCUGUUCCGGAGCCAAGAGCGCAGUUGGGGGCACUGCGGUAGUGUCCAAGUCCCCAACCCUGCGCCUAAGCUGGUCUAUGUGCCGGUGCCACAAACGUCUGUCUUCGAGUGCCACCUGGUAUGAGCAAGGUCCAGUGACUCCCACUACUGUGGCUGGCACCCAAGGAAUGCCCCCCACAAAAUUCCAGGCAAAGACCUGGUUUCCUGGAACAAAUGACUGUGGCAUGUUGGCACAGCCUGGGGGUUCGGCCACGGCAAAGUCCGGGUGCAGCCGGUCGAGUGGAGACCCGAGGCGGCAGCCCAUAAGCAGUUCAGCAGGACUCUGCCCUGGGGUCGCUUGAGGGGUGAUGUGUUGUAUGAACAAGUAUUCAGCAACCCGCUCGUGCCAGUCUCCCUGGUCCAGGCGCGCCAGUGCCUCUUUUGCCGAGCGCACCAUUCUCUCCGCUUGCCCGUUGCUGGAUGGAUGAAAUGGUGCCGUUAGGGCAUGGCGGAUGCCUAGUCCCAAAAGGUAUCGCUCAAAAGUGCCUGAGGCGAACUGCGGUCUGUUGUCGGAGACAAGGACAUCAGGACACCCAUGCGUCGCAAAGAGGCCUCGCAGCACCCGGAUGACUGCCUAGGUAGUGGUGGAGGGCAUCAGGGCCACUUCCGGCCAUUUGGAAUAAGCGUCCACUACUACCAUAAAGGUCCGGCCGCGAAAGGGGCCGGCCAGAUCGAUGUGUACCCUCGACCAGGGUGUCUUGGGCGUCUCCCAGGUGUGUCCCUUAGCUGCCGGUGGCGCAGGCCUAGAUUCUUGGCAUGCUUGACAGGCGGAAACCCAGGCAGUGAUGGCAUCGUCCAUGUUAGGCCACCAGACGUAACACAGAGCCAACGCCUUCAUUUUGAUGAUUCCCGGGUGGCCAACGUGCAGAGUUUCAAAGAUGUUUGACGGAGUCUUUGGGGAAUCACGACGCGGUCUCCCCACAGCAGACAGCCGCGAUGAGCCGAGAGUUCAUGUUGUCUGGUUGCGAAGGGCUGGAACUCCGAUGCAAAAGGCCCUUGUGGCCACCCCCACCACACCCAGUUGAGCACACAGCUGAUGGUGCGAUCCUGGGCAGAUGCAGAGGCCACAGUGGCAGCUGAUACAGGCACUGCCGGAAGAUCCUCAAUGAGGAGGAGCGAUGAAGCAGGAGCCGGGUCUUCCACAAACGCUGGAAGAGGGCAACGGCUGAGGGCGUCGGCAUGGCCCAUCGAUUUCCCCGGGCAAUGGACGAGCCGGUAGUGGUAGGCAGCCAGGAAAACAGUCCAUCGCAGCAUGCGCGGCGAGAGGACCGGUGGAGUUGGUCGAUCACUGGCGAGGAGGCCCAGGAGCGGCUUGUGGUCGGUGAUGAGGUCGAAAGUCCUGCCGUAGAGGUAUUCAUGGAAUCUCUUCACUCCAGCCACAAGUGCCAGUGCCUCCUUGUUGAGCUGGCUGUAAUUCCGUUCAGUCGGAGAUAGCGUCCUGGAAAAGUAGGCAAACGGUGCUUCUCUUCCGUCUGGAAAACGGUGUUAGCGCCGAUGCCAAAAGGUGAGGCGUCGCAGGCAAGGACCAGCAGCCUGGCUUCACUGUACUGUACCAGCACUCUGACCGAUGAAAGGAGAGCCUUGACCACGUUGAAGGCCACCGUCUCCCGAUGACCCCAGGACCAAGGCGUCUUCGUGCUGAGGAGUCGAUGAAGAGGCUCAGCCACCGUGGCUUUGUGGGGCAGGAACAUGUUAUAAAAGUUCAGUAGUCCCAGGAACGCCUGCAACUCCGUCUUGUUCUUUGGGAUGGGGGCCUGGCCUGCUGGAUAGCGCAGAUCUUGGAUGUGGUCGGGUGAAGGCCGGAGGCGUUGAUAAGAUAGCCCAGGAAGUCCACCUGUGGAACGGCGAUCUGGCACUUCUCCCUCUUUACCGUGAGCCCGGCCUCCUGGAACCUGGUCAGCACGGUGCGGAGGUGCUCGAACAGCUGCUGGUGUGAGUCUGUGGAUACCAAGACAUGGUCAAAAUACGGUACCACGCCUGGAAGCCCUUGCAGGAAAUGCUCCAUAAGGCUUUGGAAGAUGCCAGGAGCCACACUCACUCCAAACUGCAAACGGCGGCAAUGGAAUGCCCCUCGGUGGGUGACGAUCGUCUGGGCUUCAGCGGUGGCAUCAUCGACGGGCAGUUAUUGAUAGGCUUGGGCAAGGUCCAGCUUAGCGAAGACCUUACCCUCACCCAGGGAAUGCAGCAGGUAUUGAACAACAGGAACCGGGUAAACGUGCUGCUGAAGUGCCUUGUUGAUCGUACACUUGUAGUCGGCGCAGAUUCUCACCGACCCGUCUGGCUUGACAGGCGUGACGAUGGGGGUUUCCCACUUGGCGUGGUCAACCAGCUCCAAAACUCCUUGGGCUAUCAGCUUGUCCAGUUGUUCGUCCACCUUAGCCUUGAGAGCAAAGGGAACCCGGCGUGGCUUUAGCUUGAUGGGGGCAACUUGUGGAUCAAGGCUAAAGUACCUGUAUAUUGCCCCAAAGUGCCGUCAAUAACCUUGGCAAAGUCUUUGACCAGACCCUCAGUCUCUGCGUUAGAGAUGCAGUUGAUGCCGGUGACUUCCAGUCCGAGGGCAUCAAACCAGUCUAGCCCUAGGAGGCUUGGCUGCUGACCUUCGACCACCACCAGUCGGAGCAGGCCCGAAAAAUCCUUGAAGGCGAUCCGGAGCCGGCCAACGCCUACCACGGGAAUGUCGUUUCCCUGGUAGUCUCUCAGGUGUACGCGGUGAGAGUCGAGUUGCCUUUUAGACACUCUGGGUACCAGUCUUUCGAUGGUGCUCCAAGACACGAUGGACAGGGUAGACCCGGUGUUGAUCUCCAUGUCACAUGGAGCUCCUUCAAUGAGCACCGUGACGUUCAGUUUGCGUCGCGUAGGCGAGUCGGUUUGGCUAAUUGUGGUUCCAGACGGGCAGUGGCAGUUGGUGAGAGCGAAACAGCUUUCCUUGGCGGACUGGAGUGAAGACUUAGACUUGCGAGUCAGUGAAGGGGGGGGUGCUGGACGGAGCCAAUCGGCAGACCUUAGCGAUGUGGCCCUUCUGGAACACUUCCGACAGAUGGCGUCUCUGAAUCGACACUUGGCACGGGAAUGGUUGCCUCUGCAGCCGGCACAUUCCGAUUGGCCCUUGGACUUCUGUUGGAACUUCCUGCGCUCCCGCUUUGUCUGGUGCACAUCAUCGCCUUCACUGGAGGAUGCCUCAUCAAUGCUGGCCUCUUUGUGAUGCACUGGAACUGGCUUCCUAGCAAGACGCGGGCUGCUGGCCUCGCGGAUCUCCUGGGCGUUCAGCAGCUUCCGAGGCCAUGGCCUCCUCAAUGGCUUUCUGCAGCGUGAGGUCUGGCUUGGCGAGGAGACACCGUUGCAGACGGAUGUCCUGGACCCCGCAGACGAUUCGAUCCAUCAGGGCAUCGUCUAAGUCUCGGAACUCGCAGUGCAUUGCAGCCUGUCAGAGGACGGCAGUGUAGUUGUUAAUUGGCUCCCCCUCUGCCAGGUUCCGGUGGUAGAACGCAUGGCGGGCAGCAAUCUUGGACGGCUUUGGCGCGUAGUGAUUGCGGAGCUUCUCUUGAAUUGUGUCCCACGGUGCUGCUUGGACUGCUUCAGGUGUAAGCAAUGCUCGGGCUGUCUCAAACACCUCAGGCCCACAGAGGCUGAGGAAUAGGCCCCGCUUCCGCUCCUGUGAUACUUCUGUCAGCUCGUUGGCUUGGAGGUAGCAGUUGAACCGAGCGAGGUAGGUGUCCCAUGAUUCAGAGGCUGGUAGAGGCACAAGUGAAGCCAUGAUUCCGAUGCCGGCAUGGUGGGCGAUGGAUGGAACACAGUGCUCUAGCUAGAACAGUCAGCUCUGAAUUGGUUCUGUUCAGUGAUUUCGCUCAGUGAUUCCGCUCAGUGAUUCAGCUCAGUUCAGAGGGUGGCCGCAUCUGGCUGUACUCUGAUGUCCAUCGAUCCCAUCGUCGUCGCCAGUGUUAAGUUGUGGGUGAACAUAUCAGAGGACACAGCAAUUCUUCAAACAGCUCUUUUUUAUUCAGAGGCCAGAACAGAACUGAGCUGAAGGGUUCAGUCAGCCUGCUUAUAUAGAACUCCAGUACACAUAAUUGUAACAACUUUCUAAAACUAUCCAAUCACUGAACAUCACUUUCGAUCCCUUAUUUGCAUAACUAUCUACAGUAUCCCCCUGCUGGCCCAGGGUGAGAACUUCAGUGCAUAACAUACCCCAUGGUGCUUAGAGAAUAACUUGCACCUAAAUAUUAGCAAGACAAAGGAGAUGGUGUUGGACUUUUGGAGGAAGAGAGGGGAACUAGCCCUGUUGUAUAUCGGGGGGGGGGAGGGGUUGUGUGGAGAGAGUCUCUUCCUUUAAAUUCCUGGGAGUUUACCUUAGUGAAGACCUCACUUGGAAAAACAAUAUAACACAGGCGGUUAGGAAGGCCCAAAAAAGACUCCAUUUCUCAGGGUCCUGCAAAAGGACAAUGUUAAACAACAAUUGAUGACCUUCUACCAGUCUACAAUAAAAAGUGUCCUCUCAUAUUGUAUCACAGUGUGGUGAUACAGCCACGUACAGAAAGUCUUUACAGAGGGUGGUGAACACAGCACAUGAUAUCAUGGGCUGUCACCUGAGCCUGACAGAUGACUUUGCAAUCGUUGCCUUAGGAGAGUGAGAAAAAUUCUCAGGGACUAUUCACACCCUGGCCAGCACCUCUUUAAUCUUCCAGCCUCUGGCAGGAGAUAUAGAAGUAUAAUCAGUCGUACCAACAAGCUAAAAAACAGUUUCUAUCCAUGGGCUGAUAGGCUGCUAAACAGAAAAUUAUAUAUAUAUAUAUAUAUAUUAAAAUGAUAUUUAUUGAAUUUUUUUUAGAAUUACAAAAGAGAACAAAGCAGAAAAAGAGAAAGAAAAAAACAAAGAAAAAACAAACCACAUCAAACAAUACAAAUUCAAAAAACAAAAAUACACCACAAACACUCAAAAACAAAUCCAUCUGUCAGGGGUUCAGAGAGAGAGGCACAGGGUAGGCAGGAGAUGGAGAGCGAGGGGGAGGAAUUCCAAGCCAGCGAGGAAGAGGAUGACAAUGACUCAAGGGAUUCCAUGAGUCUUUCCAGCGAAUCAGAGGAUUCCCAGAAGGGGGCGCCGGUGGUCAGGGCCAGGGGAGCCCCAGGGGGGAAGUGUCAGGAGCAGGGUGCCAGCGGAGGAUCCCAAAGUGGCAGCUGGGCGUCAGGACCAGCCUCCCCACCAAAGUGCAGCGAAGGGGGUGGAGUUUCCAGUGUGUCAGAGGAAGCAGCUCCAGCAGCAGAGAGAGGAGGGGGGUCAGAGCAAGCCGCCCUCCCGGAAGGGGAGGAGCAGUGAAGGGAGUAGUGUAACUGUCAAAAGGAAAGUUAGAGGUUUGGCGCGCGCGCCUAGUUCAAAUGUAGAGGCGCGCGGAAGUGCAGGGAGCCUGGAGGAGGGGCCAGGUCCCAAAGCCCGCAGGAGGGGGGAAGAGCAGUCUGGGGAUUCAGCGUCAGAGGAAUCCAGAAGGGGCGCAACCCCAGGGGGCAGAAGGACCCUGCGGAAAAGGAAGGAGAGAAAGAGGUGGAGCAGCGCAAGUCUCUUAAAUUGGUGCAGAGGAGGGAGUGACUCAGAGGGGACUUCGGCGGUCUAGCGUAAGAGACGUAAGGCUGCGCGCCUAGGAUGUCAAGCAAACCAUGAACUGCAAUAAACACCUUUGUAUACAAGAAGACGUAGGCGUUGGUCUUUUGUGAGCUAAGACUUGAGGCAGCCUUGACACCAUCAUUCUCAAAUCCUCAACUGUCAUUACCUUCUUUCUUUGACCUCCUCCUGCUCCCUUUUUUUGUAUCCUAGUUGUUAAUUGUCGCAGCAAAUCCUUUCCAUAUUUCAUAAUAUUCUGUCAUUACAUUACCUUAAUCUAUUUUAAUCUUAUCUUACUAUAAAGAACCUUAAAGCUUAAAACUUAAAUCUUAUUUUUACCAACUUCUCAUAACCAUAAUAUUCUUACAUAAUUCUUUAAACAUUUUUUCUAAAGCCAAGUAAUUUCGUUCCAACAUUUUUCUAACAUUCAUCAAUUUUAUAAAACAAUCCUAGUAGUAGAAAAAGAAAUAAAAACAAUCCAAUCUUCAUCCAGCGUCCCUUCCUCCUGGUCCCGGGUUUUGUCAGUCCUUAUUAUCCCAUCGAUCUAGCGCAUUAACCUGGUAACCUUGUAUCCGAGGCCCUUAAGUCUCUUCCAUGUCCCUUCCGCGGCUCUUAUUCAUAUUUAUAACUGUAUUUUCCUUUGUCUCCUGCUCCUUUCACUCGUGGGAACUCCAGCUUAACAAUGUUUUUGACCCUUCUCGACAAAUCAGCCCCUUUUCCAUAGUCCACACUAAACUCCAUGUGGUAUUUAAGAACAUGUUUCAAGAUCCCUCCAAAAUUAAGAGCCCCCACAACCCCAAACAUCUCACGGCCCAUUGCCAGACUUGAAAAGUCCAAACAUCCCUGCAUAGGCGGGUCUAUCCAAUCCCCCAUUUCCAAACCAAACCAAACUUUAUCUUUCCAUAUCUGGCUUUUCCCAAGUUCAUUUGUCAAAUCCAAAAGCUCAUGUUCCUGCUGGGCCACAGCUCCCUCCAUCUCUGGCGCCCAAGAUUCAGCAACAUCCUCUUCCCUCAUCUGUUCUGUCAGGGCACACUCCUGAUUUAAUUCCUGGGUGGGCUCCAUAUAAUUUCCCACUGCCUGUUCAAAAUUUCUGAUCGCAUCAGUCAUCAAAUCCGUCUUCUCAUAUAGCUGUUCCAGUAGGGCAUUUGUUUUAGAGAAAGCACACAACAGAGCUUCUGAAUACAUUGUCCUGCAAGGUCAGAAGUCUAUUCCCACGAUUGUAAUCUGAAAGCUCCCCGGAGUUGGUUACAGUUUCACAGUCUCCCUCUAGGGGGAAAACUUCUAUUUGUUCUUUCUUUUAAAGACAAGUCUAACAACAAAGUUUCCUUUUUCAGAUAUUUUGUCAAUAUUUGUUCCUUUAAAAAGCGAAGGGGAACAAUGGAAUCAAUGUUUCUCUUCUUAUAGCUAUCUUGUCUCUGGUCAAUGAGCUUCAAAAAACGUCAGUCCUGACACCCCGCUCCAGGAUCAGGACGGUGGAAAGUUACUUUACUUUACACUCACUUCUGCAGGUUUAAACAGUCCGAAAAAAUCCCCUCUUCUCCUGCUUCCGAAGGGGGUUCAACAAUUUUAAAUGAUGAAAGUUAAUCUUUUACAAGCGAUUUUCUGAGCUCUAGUUUGCCAUGUCUUUGCUUUAAUCUAUCUACAAAGAAACAGAAGGCUGACUUCCUGUUUAGACCUUCCCGUUUCAGUGCUAAAUUGAGGUAAACUUUUAAGUCCAAUUUUCCUUUCUGCUCACAAGUCCUUAUUUAAAGUCCAAUUGUCCGAGUUUAAGUACUCACGGGUGAUUAUUUUAGAAGCCAAAUUGUCCCAGGAAAAAGGCAGCGCUCUCCGGCAACGGCUGUGCGGCUUCGCUCCACGGAAGAAGAAGUUGACUCUCAGCACCGCGCCACUUCCCCCUCUUCGCUCCGGAGCCCGUUAGUGGGUUCUUUUGCGGGUUGGGGGGGCGCUAAAGGUGCCCGCCGAGUCCCAUGGUCACAGGUUUCUUCAUCCGCCUGUGAUUUUUGAAAGGGUCCCCGCUUCGCCGUAGCGGAAAAGACCCGUUUCCCGUGGAGCUGGUCCCUCCAGAUCAGAGGGAGUCUGCCAUUGCCGAUGGCGCCACCCCGGAAGUCCCCUAAACAGAAAAUAAUAUAGUGCAACUGACUUUUGGGGUUGGUGUUUUGUGCGACAAGCACACAGAGUGCAAUAAGAUUGAGUGUUUGUGGGGGGGGGGAGGCUCGGUUAAUUUCAUUGUACACAGGUUGUACAUUGACAAUAAAGGUAUUAUUAUUAUAUGUAACAGAAGCAUCUUCACCUCCAUCGUCCAAAACCAGACACUGAGGUCCACCUCUGAGGGCCUUCUGCUGGUUCCCUCAUUGCCAAAUGUGAGGUUACAAGGAACCAGGCAGAAGGCCUUUUGGUAGUGUCACCUGCCCUGUGGAAUGCUGUCCCAGCUGAUGUCAAACAGAUAAACAGCUAUGUGAUUAUUAUUAUUAUUAGACAUUCAGGAAAGUUUUUAGUGUGUGAUGUUGUAUUGUGCUUUUACUAUUUUUUGGUGGGACAUGGUUGGGGCAACCCAGUCAGAUGGGCGGUGUCAGAUGGCAAUGGUGGUUGCUCGUGAGUCAGGACUCCGACCUGUCUUUUUCAGAUUUUUAUUUUGGUGCAAAACUAUUUAUAGUGCAGAGCCACAAGUUCAUGUCUGCCUCAAUCGCUAGCAGAAUCUGGGAGUGGUUUUUUCCGGGACCUCCCCCAGCAUAAGAGCUUCAUCACCCCCAGCCUUUUCCUUCCUUCUUUGCAUUUUACACCUCUGCGCAGGGUGGGUGACGGAAGGGGCGUGCUUCCCUCCUGGCCGGCUUGGCCAGGAGCGGUGCUGAGGCUCCCAGCAGCAUCCUUCGGUCCUUUCCCCUUUUCCCCACUGGAGGUGGGGCUUUCCUCACCACAGGAAGAGGAACUCCUUUGCAAGAUUUUCAGAGGUUCCCUGUAACCCAACUGCCCCUCUGCUUCCCUACCCUGUUCCGAUGGCAAGCCCCUGAAAGGCAGCAUAGAAAUAACAACAACAACAUGCUUGACAAUGAGUUAUCAGGAACAUGCAUGUACUGUACUAUCAAUAAAGCUAAUGAAUAUUUGCAUAUAAAUUUACAAUUCUAAAUAUUCAACAAGAUAAAAAAAAUCCAGACCUAGUUAAUUUCUACCUUUCAUUCUUAGAGAGUGCAUAUUUUUGAAAUAUCUGUGAUAGAUAGAUGAAGCUAGAUAAUCUCUGUUGCAGGUAAUAAAAGUAUCAUUUUCUACAUGACUGGAAGUCCCCUCACCUAUUCUUUAGUAGCUGACAACCGCUUUUUAAGUGCUGCACAGAUACAAUAAACAGUGGUUCCUGGGAUUUAAAAGCAUGGAUAUGGAAACAUAGAUUUUUAAUAUAAUACAUCUGUUAAAAUCUAGUCAGAUUAUGUCUUGGCCUGCAGUACAGCCCAAAGCCAGGUAUAAUUGCUCCCUUUCUGCUUUUUUUUUUAAUGAAGGAUUUAAGGCAUGCAGAAAUACUUUGGAUGAAACAAGUGGUCCAAUUUAUGUAUUUCUGAGGAAUGUUUUUCCACUGCUGAGAAUACAGCAAUGUGAAAGGAUUGCAUUGGUGUUUCCCUGCCUGCCCCUCCCCCACUUCAUGCAGCACUUUCAUGGAGUGGCAAGUCUUACUACCACCACCAAUGGCUGGUUAUGGCGUGUAAGUGACAUUUGCUACGGAGAUUCUGUUUCCUCCACAAGACCUGCAUGUGCAGGAGCCCUGCCCUCUUUUCCAUCUGAGAUGAGACCAUGAGAAGUCUGUCCCCUGCCUAUGCUACAUUUGACAGGCCAGGGCAGACUGAAGCAGCCACUGCAGGUUUGUUGUGAGCCGUGGGAAGCUGGCUUGGGCUGCUCCAGAGGCCUCCGCCCUACAUGCUUGAACUCUUCCCUGUCUCCAAGGCAAUGGAGUGGAGGGAGAGGAAAAAUCCCUGAGCACCAAGCAGGACGCCCUUUCCCAGCUCCUGCCACAUCCCCGUUGGGAGCCAGGCAAUGUGAGAGCCCCCAGUUCUGCUGCCUCCCCCAGAAUGCCCCAAUCCUCUUCUGCCUGCUCAGUUUUUCACCGAUGCCCAGCAGCCCUGGUGCCAGGCAAGUGCCCAGGCUCUCAGGCAGGCAGGCAGAUGGGCAGCCCUCUCUCCUCCCUCCCUCUCUCAUCUUUCUCCUCCUCCUCCUUGUCCACCACCACAGCUGCUGCUUCUGCUGCCUUCCCUUCUCCCUCCCCUUGCCAGAAAUGCCCAGGGAGAGUGAGUACCAGCACCUUCCCCCCCCCCUAGAAAAAAAAGCACUGGUAGAAGGUGACUCCUUACUGAGGGGGACAGAGGCAGCAGUGUGCAGAGGUAGCAGGAUGUCCUGGGUGCAACGAUUCAAGAAGUGACAGAGAAGUUGCCAAGGCCCACUGGCCACAACUCCUCCCUUCUGAUCCAUGUGCAUUCAAAUGAUACUGCCAUCCCUUGAUGUGUAGCAAGGAACUAUGAGACUCUGGGCUGGAAGCUCAAGGACCUUGGGGCACAGAUUCUUUUCUUUUUAAAAAAAAAUUAUUACUUUCAAUGUGAAAUAACAACAAAAAUUACAAACAUUGAAUCCAAAAUAAUACUAUUCAAACAAGAUAGAAAAAGAGAACACAAAAAACAAAACAAAAAACAAAAGACAAAGCAGACAUCUACAAAUAAAACCAUAUCUUCAUUCUAAUUUAGUCAUUACAUACAAAUACACAUAUUGACUUCCUUCCUUUGUUCUAAGUGUUGGCUAUUUGCAGAUUAGUUGCGCUGCAGAAAGCUAGCUAGGGAGAACACACAUUACAAGGAACGCAAAAUAACUUUAGCAAGGUUUUAAUAACAAAAACAAAAACUCCUUUUACACUAAAUACAUCAACAAGCAUGACCGACCCAACCACCAGGGUACUGAGAGAGCUAGGUGCUGACACAGCUUAAUUAACACAACUUAACAGCACCUGCUUCACAGCUGUAAAACUGGGUCACGUUAUUUGCUCUGGCCCUUAAAGACAUACACAUCUUGUGGAACAAUAAUGAACCUUCAAAUUUAAAGAGACCAUUCAACACUAAGACCUCAAAUUUUUUACUUUUUCUAAAUUGUUUUGUCUAAUAUAGAUUACUUCUGUCUUCUGUCUGCGUCUGCGCAGAUGCGAUUUCCGGCACCAUGAAAGCAAGUCACCGCGCUGUGCCGGUUUAGUGCAGCGCACGGGGACUCGCUGAGCAGGUGGCUCAGUUCGGGGGCGGCUUGUGGGCUGGUUAAACGACCCCUGUGGGCUGCUUGUGGCCCAUGGACCUUAGGUUGCCUACCCCUGAUUUGGAUUCCCAUAUAAAUGAUUUAUGAGGGUGGUGUCAACAGAAAACCUGACAGUAUCAAUUCUUUGUUUAGAUGAAGUGGAUCCCAAGAAAGCAACAUAAAUAAAAUACUUAGGAGAAGUUAUCAAACAUGACACCAUUUGCAAGUUAAGAACUCAUGUACUUCCUGAGACCUUCCUUUUUCCAGUAAAAUUAUACUGCUGCACAGAUGUCAUGCGAGUCAAUAUUAUCCCACACUGUAAAAUACAAAAAAGUAAACAAAUGAUAUGUGGGGUUUAUAUGAUCCCACAGCCUUUCAAACAUAAACCACACAUUUAUUUAUAUUUUUAGCAUGCACAAGUUGCACAGUGCAGUAAUUAUGAGUUGUGAACAACAGCGAAACUCACAGACCUUUCAUCCACAUUACUGGAGCAGCCUUUGUAGAAUCCCCAUGUUUUACAACUGCUGAGUAGGACAUGCAAAAUGGUUACUUGAAGCAUAGCAUUGCUGUGAUUUGGGAUCAAUUUGCCAACUGCAGAGCUGACGCUCUUGCCUUUUCUUUGUGCCAGUGGCUGCUUCCUUUGAAGUUCCAUGCAAGCAACUAUGUGUCUAGAUUCAACCCUGGGUUAGAUCAGUUAGAUGAACUCUAGACCUAACUAGGAAGUAAUGUCUUUUGAGAUGUUCAUGCAAUUGUGCACUUGUUCCGUUUCCAGCCAACAUGGCAGUACCGCCAUGGCCUCCACAUACACUUCCAAAUGCCACAUUCAGUUUUAUUUUAGCAAACAAUGUGUGAGCUGGCUUGUAGUCUGGCAGUCUUUCUAAAUGUAAAACUGGGUCCACUGACUUAAAUAUGAAUUGACCUUGUUAUAAACCUCAAGACCCAUCUAAUCCAGCAUCCUGUUCUUACAGUCAUCAGCCAGACAUAUAUGGGAAGCCUGUCUAAUAGUUCUGUCUAGUCUAAUAGUGCAACUCUGCCAGCAACUCUGCUAGGUGUUUCCUGGUCUGCUGCUUAAGAUCCUUUAACUGGAGAUGCUGAGGACUUCUGUACACACAAAAUUUGCUCCAUCUCUAUGAUUUGAUUUCUGUCAAGGGAAUAAAUUAUGCUACAAAAGCCUUUAUUUUAUCAUGUCCAAAUCAGCUCUGAGACAUAAAGUAGGCAAAAUGAUCCUUUUCAAAAUUGGUUUAUCUUUUUCAAAAAAAAACAAAAAAUACCGAUUCUUUUAAAAAUUGGUUUAUGUUCUUUUGAUCUGUGUUUUCAAACGGUUUAGUUCAAUCUCUCUCCAGCGAGAGAUUGAGAAAUCAUUAAUGCUUCCUUGUUGGUUUUAAAAGAUCCUUUCUUUUUGUUCUAGGUGCACAGCAAGGGGUUAUCUGCAAUGAAUCCCUCAUGUUACAAAACCUGCCUUUGUGUGGGAAAUCUUUUCAAGAGAUGAUGCACAAAGUGGACUCUUCAAAAUGGUGCAAUCUAACGGAAUUUAUCCUGUAAGCUUCAUCUCUCUCUCUCUCUCUCUCUCUCUCAUGGGUGGGUGUGUAGAGACUAUGGAUAACUGUUGUAGUCUCUUUAAAGCAUGUGUGGCCAACCAGUAGCAUGGCUACCCCAACUGGAACAGGCAGCAAGAAUAUGUGGCACUUCUGGACAAAGACAGGAGGAGCCAAAGGCAUGACCAUGGCAUAAUGAGACUGACUCCUUUGUCUUGCUUUUCUGGCUUCCUCGUCUGGAAGAAUAAAGCAAAAGCACCCAAAGGCUUAGCAGAUGGAAUAUGCAUUCCAGUGUGCCUUAGAGUGGCUCUCUAUAAUAUUUUGAACUUGUGGCAGAACUGCCAAAAAGGGGUUGCCAGUGCCACCAGUACUUUAAAGAAUACUACUACUAAAUGCUCAGAUCCCCAAACUAAGCAGCGCCUAUUUUCCUAAACAGUUUACAUAAGCAUAUGUUUGAUUAGAUAAUUUAUUCUUGUGUAAAGUGUCAGCCCUAUGCUGAGAGCCCUUACCUGAGAGUAAGCCCCAUUGAACUAGGUGGUACCUACUUCUGAGUAGACAUGAAUAGACUUGCACUCUUAGUCUUCUUAUUAGAGCCUCAGUACAAGCAAAAGUUCAAUAGCCAUUAAGCCCUCUUUUAAGGUGUCACUGAACUGGGUUUUUUAAACCUUCUCUUAUGAUCUGCCCUCUAUGAGGCACAAUAUUAAUCCAUCGUAGCCCUUGCAUGUCUUCAAGCAAAUCUUUCAGAAUGUAAUGCCUACUCCCAACUAUAAUUCAUUGGCACAUAAGAAAUGGUUGAUGUUUACUGAAUUCAAGACUGCCACUCAAACAUAAGAAUUUUCUAUGUGUAAAGAAAUAAGUACUCAAAUUGUGUAUGGUAUUUUUCUCUUGAGCCAUGCUUCUUUAAGUGAGAGCAACUGGUCCUUUUUGUUGCUCAGCUGUUAAUAUAGCGCCUCCAAGAUUCUGAAAGAUGGCCUCAGACUAAAUCCAUCACACCGAAACGAUUUCAGCUUCUUUUAUUAUCUGCCAGAUGAUAGCUUUAAAAGCUUAGAACCACCUGUUUCUCCCCCACUCUUUCCACAAACAAGGGAUUAGGAAGUUAUGACAAGGCAUCAUUCUAUUAUCUAUUAUUCAGGCUGUCAGAUUCUUAUCUCUUUCAUAAGAGACAGAUGAAAAACAUAUUUAAUGCUGUACUGAAAAUUUUGGUCUAUAGGAAACUGUGAGAGCUUGGCGAAACCAAGCUUGAUUUAAAAAUAAAAAUCUAUGGCUCUUUUAUACCAGGCUGCCUAAAAUACCAGUAUUUAUUCUGGCAUUUGCAGUAGUUUAGUAUCUAUCGUGUUUAUGCCCAAAGAAACCUGUUUUAAAUGAGAAAGCCUUAAAAAUUGGUUUAAAUUUUCCAUUCCAUAAUUUCCUUCUGAUAUUGUGACAGAUCUCUGCAUCUUAGAGAGAAUUGUUUUCUAGCUACCAUGUCCUGUAUGUCUAGUGUGAACUUAUUUUACCCACAUCACAACACAGUAAACUGGUUCAUAAAGCACACUGUGAGCAAGCCACCAUAAACUCAUAGGCUUCCUGGCACCUGUAGCGACUGUGAAUUCAGGCACCCAAAGAAAUCCCACUCCCCUGCUCCUUCCAUUCAGCACUGGCUGAUGCACAUUGUGCACCCUCAUCUUUCUCUGUCAGCAGAGUGAGGAGCAAAGGCUCUGCAACUUCUCUUUGCUGCAACUUCCUCGGUUCUCCUGAUGCCAGAAGAAGCAAGGUGCUCUGGAAAGAUUAGCUGAGGGGGUUGGGAAGGGUCUCUUGGCCUCUCUUGUGUUGUUUAUGAAAGCAAUUUUUAAAAUCUAGCAGGGCUCUUCUCAUAUUUUAAAGUGGUCUGAUCAAGGUCUCCCAAGUGAGCUUCAUGCUGAGCCCUGCGAUUCCGAGUCAAAUUCAAGCACCCUUAUCUACUAGACCACGGCGGUUUUUGUUCAGCGAAUUAGAGGUGCUGUUUGUUUCUUCUGACGGUAUUUCACUUGCAUUUGCAGCAUGACUUGCGCUGGCAGCCUCUGUUUUUCAAGGAGAGCUUGGCUGAUUAAUGUAUAGAUGUGGCCACAGGCAUUGGUUAUAAAUGCUUCUGCAGAGAAGUUAGAAUAUUUUUGCUGCAUUCAGAUGAUUGCCUCUCCACCUGACCUCAGUUAAACUUUGGUUGUGGGGAGAAAACAGAGCACAAUUGUUGCUUAUCAUGCACCUGCAGGCAGCACAUUCUUCUGUCAGCAGGGAGAGGAAUAGAGUUCUGCAACUCACCUCUCUGCUUUUUAAGACCUGACACACAGUGCAUAGUGAACUCAGGAAUUCACGACAAUAUGGAGUGAUGGCCACAGACUUGGACAGCUUUAGAAAAGGAUUAGGCAAAUUUGCAGAGGAUGCAGCUGUCAGCAGCUACUAGUCCUGGUGGCUCGAUUUCUGUAGGAAUAAUGGAUACGACGGGAGGUUGAAUGCAGGUGAGCUGUGCAGAAGCACGCUGGCAAGCAUGCUCCAAGCAAGCUGCCAGCUAGUUCUGUAGAGGCUCCUUUUAUUAGCAGAAGUCAACAAUUGAAAACAGUAGCGAAACCACCCUGAACAUGACGUAUUUCCAUCUAAGCACAUUUCCAGCAUUAGCAAAUACAUGUGUCAGCAGGUGUUUCCCUAGAAUGUUUUCCCGAUACUUGAUUAUGUCUGCGUUCCCGGUCAUGCUCCAGCCAAGCGUUAUGUCUAGUAAACAAAUCUGUGAGAGGACAAACGGUCAGGGGAAAAACCCUGUUUUCUAGCCGAUAAGGCAAAAGGUCAGGGAAAGCCAGUGCAACGCUCCUUGACAUACUGUUGCAUGUCUAGUGUGAGGUCUGCCUUCGCAAGGUGGAGCGUUACCUCCCCAAUUUCUCCCAGUGUCAGAGGCUGUAUGCCUCUGCAUCCCAAUUGCUGUGGAUCCUAAGUGGAGGUGGGCUUGUGCCCGGCUUAGGGGCUUCCCAGAGGCAACUGGCUGGCCCCUGUGAGAGACGGACGUUGGACGAGGUAGGCCUUUGGUCUGAUCCAGCAGAGUUCUUAUGCUUUUACUUCUAUUUCCCUGCUCCAACUGAAGAUGUUUAGAAAAUGCUGUAAAAGCAUCGUCUGUGUGCUGAAGACUAGAGAAUGGCACACUUGGGCAGCUGUGCUGUAUUUUCUGAUCACUUCAUAAAUUUGGGGAACAGGAAGAGAAGAUAAGUAUUUUCUGCUGAAUCCCUGAGAGUGCUGAAAUACAUUUAGUCAAGGGGAAUAGCAAAGCUGUUGUGAAACAGAAAAAUAGAAAAAGUAUUACAGGUGCGUCAGAAAGAUUAACUUAGGUUGCAAUCCUUUGCACAUUUAUCUGGGAGUAAGCAGUGCUCCUUCAGAGAAACAGGUACAGGAAUGCUCUGCAAAGCUGUUAUAUAAAUACACAUUUUUUCUGAUUUGUACUUCAAAGAUUUUGCUAUCCAUCAGAGAUCUCCAUGCAAUCUCAGAAGUUUCUGAGGUCAGCUUUAGUCAGCUAAUAGUCAGUGGUGGCCACAAAAACUUUUGGUCAUCUCUUAUUCUUCUGAAGUUAGUUAACAGCCUCCUCCUUCUGCUCCCUGUAAUUGGGAUCACAGCAUGCAAGGUGAGGAGUCUUACACCCCCUCCAAAUGGACAAUUAGGAUUAGUGUAUUAAAAAGUUCUCAUGGAGCACCAGUGGGAACUUUUGAAAAAAUCAACAACGAAUCCUCAACAUUGGGGGUGGGGGGGAGUUGCACAGCUGGUGACAGAAGGCAUAAAUCUCUUCCCCAUAACCUGUGAUCCUGCCAACAACACUCUCCCCUCCCCCCCCCCCCGCAAGAAAAACUCCUGUGGCUGUAAUUAAUUAAAGAAAAUGCAAGAGAGAUGUCAGUGUAUUCUGGGCAUUAACGGCAACCUGCAGUUUGACCUGGAGAUUUCAGGACAUGUGUAGAAUUGCCAGGAUGACUUAAUAUGAGUUCUCUGUGGUUGUGGCUUGUGCAUUUUGAACAGCAGUGAGAAUAUCCCCGGAUUGGAUUUUGUUAUACAACCAGAUCUUGCAAAAAAUAUCCCAGCAGUAAAUCAAUCUACUCCCCCGAUAUCUUAUGUAUAGCUUUUUUCUGACAUGCUCCUAUUAAUGUUUCUAAUGUGUGUGAAGUGGGAAAUAUGUGGGAAUUUGAGAGAGAGAGAGAUUAUGGGAGGCACAUAUGUGCUGGCAGCUUUUAAUCAUCUGUAGUAUUCAAACUAGGUAGAGAAAUAAAAACCCCAACAUUAACUUUGCUUGAGUAAGUUUGCUUGAGUAAGUGUUGUGGGUUUAAGAGGAGGCCCCUUGAGCAACUGGGUAGAAUAAGUCAAACCAUUUCACAGUAGGUGGGGAAAAUAGCUAUUAUUUGUAAAUGUUGAAGGAUGGAAUUUGGUGAGAGGCAGGAUACACCUUAAAGCCUCCUAAGGAAUAAUGUUUAGGUCUGAAUGAUGCUUUUAGCUAGAAGAUGUAUUGGCAAUUUGUUUUCAAGGUGCUAUGCUUUUAUUUUUACAGCACUGAAGGGGGCAGGGAAUCACUUCAGCUGCAACAGUUUGUAUGGUGUUGUGUAGAUCUGCAGAAGGAUAAAAUCUCAUUUCAUGGGCAAAAGGAGAAAGCAGCCCAAAGUGAUAUAAUAAUUCAAUUAAUUUUCAUUGGAUAGACUCUUUAGGUAAUAGGGAAGCUAUGCUACUUUGCAAAAAUAACAGAGGACGAAACGGGAGUUGAAUGCAUGUGAGCUGUGCAGGAGCAAGCAAGCAAAGCAAGCUGCCGGUAGCUUUGUAGAGCCUCUUUUUAUUAGCAGAAAUCAACAGUUGGAAACAGUAGCGAAACCACCCUGAACUUAACAUAUUUCCAGCAAGGGUACAUUUCUAGCAUGGGUGAUACACGCGUCAAACCAGGUGCUUCCCUCAAAUGUUCCCCUGAUACUUGAAAGUCUGCUUCACUUGUCAUGCUCCAGCCAAGUGAAACAUAAAGCAAAGCUUUCUGCGAGGGAGGCAAAGGCCAAAGAGUGGGCAUGGCGGCUAGACACGCUGUGGCGUGGGGGUGUGCCCCCAUGCUGCAUCCACCACCCCCACACUAUUUGCUCCUUUUGGGGGGGUUGGGAGGAAAGACUGAUGUUAUGCUCCAAGCCUGCACAGCAUAUGCCCCAUGGGCCGCUUGUGGCCGGCCAAAGGAUUUCGAACAGGCCGUGAAAAAUGUAGCGGAUGUAAUAGAAAGUAAAGAUGUAAUGUGUGCUUUGUCUUAACCUGCCUUCCACUAGUCACGAUUGUGCCCGUCAUGUAACUUGGUGGGUGGGUUACCACUGCUCACUCUCUCCUCUUUGUCACGUGACCCACGGCAACCAACUGACAGGCUUCAAGGAAUCGUCUUCCUCCCCCCCUUGGCAGAACAAAGUGAACAGAGUCUUCUUACCAGUUAGAAUUCUUUAAUAAUCACAGCGAGGGAUAAGAACAUCUCCUUCUAACAAUGGUGGUGCUUCCAAUUAAGGCUACAUGUCCCCCCCCCCCCGCCCUGUCCCUCUCAGUUCACCCCUACAUCUGGUAACCUGAGCUUGUAGUCUCUGUGCUUUCUGUUCUGCAACUUUCUCAGCUCUCCUAGAAUGUGGAGGAGGGGGGAGAUGCUAUUCAACAAAUGUGAAUCGGUUAACCCUCUCUCUUCCAGUGUUUCUUCUCCUAGCUGCUCUUCAUCCAGUAUUUCCCAGCAAAUACUGGGAAAUACUGGAUGAACUAUGGCCCUCUGCAAACCACUGUUCUAAAUCUUUACUGUCCUCCUGCUCCUGGGGAGAUGCCUCCUCAUUGUAGCCCUCCUCAGCAUGGUCCCUGACACCAACCAUCAUCAGUCUGAGAGGAGCAAGAGUCGUAUCUUUUUACUGUGUGUUCAGUUGUUACUGCUGUUGAACCGGGACAAAGUGGGUGCAGCCAAGCACCAAUGCAGCUGAUGCCCACUAUGUGAUGAGUAGUCACAACGUGAGGGCUUCUUCCCCUCCCUUGUUCUGCUGCUGCCCUCCAAGUUACACAAGUAUCUGGUGCUCUCUCCAAGUUCAGACACUCAGUUCAAUAUUCCUUUGUAUGUGAGCAGUUGCUGUGGAGAUUUUUGGGUUCCAACAUUAAAGUUUUUGGGGUGACUUUGUAAAAUGGGUGAUAAAAAGAAAUGGAAGAUCAAAUCAGAGCAUAGUGUUUAAUACAGUCAUCAUCGUCAUUUCGAAUCAAAACAUCCUGACUUAAGUAAAUUGGACACCAGUGAAAACAAAUUAAAGUUUCCAAUUUGUUGAAAAAUCUCAGUGGGAAACAACGUUUUUUCAAGAAAGUAAACUCAGAAAAUGAGGCAGCUGCUAAGGUUUGUUUUCAGAUUUCUAAAGAAAUUGCUGUUGCUGGGAAGUCUUUUACUGAAGGUGACUUCAUAAAGAAGUGCUUGCUGAUUGCAGUUUCUUGAUUAUAUCCCAAUUAAAAAAGUGUUUUUGAGAAUAUCAGUUUGUACCGUAUGACCAUGCAGCGAAGAGUAGCUGAUAUAUCCAAUAACCUUGACGAUCAGUUAAAUCAGAAGGCAAAUGUAUCUAUUUGCAAAAUAGUUGAAUCAUUAUGUCAAGGCUGCCUCAAGUCUUAGCUCACAAAAGACCAACGCCUACGUGUUCUUGUAUACAAAGGUGUUUAUUGCAGUUCAUGGUUUGCUUGACAUCCUAGGCGCGCAGCCUUACGUCUCUUACGCUAGACCGCCGAAGUCCCCUCUGAGUCAGUGCCUCCUCUGCACCAAUUUAAGAGACUUGCGCUGCUCCACCUCUUUCUCUCCUUCCUUUUCCGCAGGGUCCUUCUGCCCCCUGGGGUUGCGCCCCUUCUGGAUUCCUCUGACGCGGAAUCAGACUGCUCUUGCCCCCUCCUGCGGGCUUUGGGACCUGGCCCCUCCUCCGGGCUCCCUGUACUUCCGCGCGCCUCUACAUUUGAACUUGGCGCGCGCGCCCAACCUCUAACCUUCCUUUUAACAGCUACACUACUCCCUUCACUACUCCCUCCCCUUCCGGGAGGGUGGCUUGCUCCGACCUCCCUCCCUUCUCUGCUGCCGGAGCCGCUUCCCCUGAUACACUGAAACCUCCACCCCCUUCGCUGCACUCUGGCGGGGAGGCUGGUCCUGACGCCCAGCUGCCACUUUGGGAUCCCCCGCUGGCCCCUGCUCCUGACACGUCCCCCCUGGGGCUCCCCUGGCCUUGACCCCCCUGGCGCCCCCUUCUGGGAAUCCUCUGAUUCGCUGGAAAGACUCAUGGAAUCUCUUGAGUCAUUGUCAUCCUCUUCCUCGCUGUCCUGGGAUUCAUCCCCAUCGCUCUCCAUCUCCUGCCUACCCUGUGCCUCUGUCCCUGAACCCCUGACAGGUGUCUUUGGUCUUCCUUAAGUUCCCUUUGUUUGAAUCUCCUUACAUUUCUAUGACAUGUAGAUAUGGGUAGGUGGUUCUCAGAUUCACCAAACUGGCAUGCUUCCUGUGUGGUCUGGGCCACAUGCCCUUCGAAAGAGCAGUUGUACAGGGUAUUGGUUCUUGAGCCAGUGCCAUUGCUUCAGGCUCAGAUGGACACUGGGACAACAAUACCUUUUACCAGCUGAGGCUGGUUAAGUAACCCUGGCCAUUUGGGGAUAGGGCAAGCUUAGUGCUGGUGACCUCCUAGUUGAACGUACGGUAAUGCAUUAUACAUAGAGCUGCCUUUUAUGAUGAUUUGGGAUCUCAGGACUUUUUUCCUCUGGAACAGCGUUCUGGCACCUCUCAGCUGGCCCCGGAGGCUGCCUCUUUUCUCCCAGGUGGUCUCAGGAGGAGUGACCACUCUCUCCAGGGCUAGAUCGUGAUGGGGGCGGGGGUUCUUCUCCCAAAUGCCUGAUCACCACUCUCAUGGCAUGGAGAGAUCACACGUGGGCGGUGGAGAUUGUGGGCAAAGGAGCAGCCCCAGAGAGAUCAUGCAGGUUGGGGCAGGGCUGGAUUCAGGUUUGAUGAGGCCCUAAGCUAUUGAAGGUAAAGGUACCCCUGACCAUUAGGUCGAGUCGCGGACGACUCUGGAGUUUGGAGCUCAUCUCGCUCUGUAGGCCGCGGGAGCUGGCAUUUGUCCACAGACAGCUUCUGGGUCAUGUGGCCAGCAUGUCUAAGCUGCUUCUAGCAAACCAGAGCAGCGCACGGAAAUGCUGUUUAUCUUCCCGCUGGAGUGGUACCUAUUUAUCUACUUGCACUUUGAUGUGCUUUCGAACUGCUAGGUAGGCAGGAGCUCAAACAGAGCAACAGGAGCUCAUCCCGUUGCGGGGAUGUGACCUUCUGAUUGGCAAGCCCUAGGCUCUGUGGUUUAGACCACAGCGCCACCUGCAUCCCUAUUGAAGGUAAUGGGGCCCUUUAUAUGUCCAGCUGUCCUUUGUCAACAACAAAUUGUCACUGUUUUUUGUGCUGAAUAUAUGCUAUAUGCGGGGCCCAUUACUUACAUCAUAGCAGCUAACACAACACAAAACACUGUUGCUGUGUGUAGGUUUUAUUUUAUUUUAUUUGUUUUUUAUCUUAUAUUUUGGAAAUGUACAUCCAGGUUUUUUUUUAAAAAAAAUUGGUGGCCCCCAAGAGAGUAGGGCCCUAAGCUAUAGCUUGUUUAGCUUAUACGUAAAUCCAGCACUGGUUGGGGAGUGAACUUCUUCAAACUCCAUGGCUUGGAGAAGGGGGAGAUGGGCAAAGGAGCAACCCUCACCCGCAUGCCCAACUUCAUACGAUUUCUCCAUGCCAUGGGAGCCAGAGCAUGCUGGGAGAUGAUUUUGCUUCUUUGUGUUCUGUUUAAGUCGAUCAAUUCCUUCAGUCUUAGACCAUUUUUUCGGGCUGCUUCACCUGCAUUGUGGCUCUCAUGAAAGCAUCUGGGAGUGGGUUCACAAGUGGGCAGUGCUCAGGAGGCCAUGGCAUUUGAGAGAGGAUUUGAAGAGGUGCUGUAAUUUGAGCAAUUAUGGCAACCUCUUAUGAUUGCACACUUUAUUGUGUCCCAAGUGCUUCUGUAUCUUUACUGUUAAGGAAAAUUCUGGGUGCGAGGAUGCUCUGCAGCUCAGCUCGUCAGGGUGCAAGUCCCUGCGGGUCUAUACAGUUAGCAAAGAAGGAAGUUCCAGUCAAGUAAUGGAGCAAAACAGUAGUCAGUAGACCACAAUCUUUAUUGUUGCGCAACAGGUCCCCACACAGAGUAAAAACCCCAAACAUUUGGCUACAUGCCCUUUUAAGACCUUCCCUCCCUUCCCAUAAUGCAUCCCAGAAGCAUCAUUGAUACAUCAUUGAUACAUCGGCAGCAUGUCACAAGGAGGGAGGGGAUAUUGUGAGGUUACAAGAGUUCACCAACUUGCCCCUUAUCAGAUUUAGUUUCCGACACCUUCUAAGUACCUGCCACCCAAAGAACAAUAAAACUAUCUGUAUAUAUCCUUGCCCUUCGGGCUUCCUGAGGCUUUGUGAAUACGUGGCCUCAGUAAACCCCAUCAGCCAGGCAAGGCUAACCUGUAGAGAACAGCACACAAGGUGAAAGCAGUCUUUUGCAGCAACAGAGAGAUUUACUGCACACAGCACAAACAUCAUCCAUUCUCACAGUGCAGGUGCUCCCAAUUGAGUUCCUCCCACUUCCCUCUAGUUACUUGCAUUUUCCCAUCUCCUCACCAUGUGAUCCCUCCACCACUGAGCCUUUUGAGAGGCUGCCCUAUCCAGACGCCUGGCUCUAGGGCUCAUGGGCUGCACACUUUUUAGUGAGGGAGAUUCAACCAGCUCUCUCUCUUCCCGUUCCUCUCCCCUUGGUUGCUCUUCUCCCAGCUCAGCCCAGCUGUCAGUUCCCGAACUGUGCCCUUCUGUGGCCACAGAAGUGAACCAUUGCUCUAGUCUAGGUCAAUACUAUCCUCCUGCUCCAGAGGAGCUUCAGGAUCAGGCCCUUGUGCAGAGGGAGAGGAGGGCUCCCACCAUUCUUCCUCACAGCAUACAAAGCCCUUCCUAUAAUUUUGAAGGAAAAUGUCACCAAUCCAUUUGAAAUUAUUUAAUUGCAAUGCUUCAGCAAACAGACAUUCCUUAGAGAAGACCAGGAGUGUUUAUUCCUUAAUGUAAAUGGAGCCUUACACUGUAUUCAGUGGAGCUUACUCCCAGGUAACUGGGUAAAGACCGGACAGCCUUACACUGCAAUCCAAAGCAUUUUUACUCAGAACUAAGUCCCAAUGAGUUCAAUAGGAUUUACUGAUCAUCCUCAGUUUCUCUUGUUGUUGAUGAUGAUGAUGAUAUAUCCCGCCUUUUUCUCUGGCAGCUGCUCACACGUUUUUUCUUUACAACAAUCCUGUGAGGUAGGUUAGACUGAGAAGUUGUAAUUUGCUCAAGGUGGCAGAUUUAUAUGUGUAUAUGACAUACAUGUGUGUCUGGAGAAGCUUCCUGAUGUAGAAGAGAAUGUCUCUAUUUUCAUUGGAUAAAUGUUGGAGGGUAUGAUAUAUUUGUGAUUAAUCCAAACAGGGAAUACUGGCAACUUACUUCUGACUUUUGGCCCCAAUCCUGAUAGAGGCGACCCCAGAGGGUGGCAAAGCUGGGUAUUUCCAAGGCCAUCUGAGGCCAUGCUACCUAAACCAACUGCUCUGAAAUAUCCCGUUUGGAGAAUGUGUCCAAGAAGAUCAAAUUCAGCCUAGGGGAAUGCUCAGUCUGCAUGUCCCCCUCUGUGAGUGGGUUUCUGGGGGCUCCUGGAGGGUGCCAGGUCUAAGAGCCUUCGGUAUCCUGAAACCAGGACUGCUGAGUUAGGACUAAGGCUGUGAUCUCAUGCACACCUGCUAGGGAAUCAAUACUAGUGGGACAAUACUAUUUUUGAAUAUUGUUUGUAUAUUGUAUUGUGUUGUAUAUUGUUUGUACAUUGGGCAGGCGCUGGGCGUUGAGAGCUGGGUGAGGAUGUUCUUCACCCUCCACAUUGACCCAGCCCUUGCUGCCGGAGCCAGGUAGGGUACAACGGGGAUCUCUGCAAGGGGCACCUGGUUCGUACCUCUCCAUGUUCUGUGCCCAGGGCCACGGCCCCCCAAAGCCACUGUUACAACUCUUGGUGGGGGACUCCACAGAUGCAAAAUGUCUCCUCCUGGAACAUGGCAUGAGGCCCAGUGCUUUUUUUCUGGGGAUGCUCAAGGGUACGCAGUACCAGUACCUCCUCUCCCCCCCCCCCAUGUUAAAAGUGUAGCACUUACUGCAACAACAUCACAGGGAUGCCUCACAGUUCCUAGAACUUCAGUACGUUUCAUCCUGAACUCCUCUUCCCCUUUUUUUGCAUUCUCCCACUUAUUCCCUUCCUACUAACAUUUGAAGCCUGACAGAAAUGACAAAAAUAAAAUAAAAUGCAUGACAUCAAUUACCAUCAAUGCCUUCCAUUUUAAACUUUGUCUUUGAAAACCACUUCAUGAUAUAACAAAGAAAUGCAGUUAGUUUAGGGAUAAAAAGUCAGUUUUUCAUUGUAGACUCAUUGCAUUCAUGUUGCCAGUAGCUCCCUAUUUUUAAUGCUGCUGGGAUUUUUUUUUAUAAUAGUUCUUGUAAUAUGUCAUUUUAAAAUGUGAAAAAAUCAUAAAUUUUCAGUUCAUAAUUGUAGUUCAAGUUUUUUAGUAUUACUUUAAAACAACCCCAUGUUCUGUCUGUGAACAUACAAAGUUAAUCCUCAUUAAGUUUCAAUGUAACCAGUGAAAGAAGUUAAAUACAAAGUGCAACUGACUUUCUCUGGAAUAGGUUCAUUGUAUGAAAUAAGCCAUACUAUGAAGCAAAUGCGGCGCGGGUGGCGCUGUGGGUUAAACCACAGAGCCUAGGGCUUGCCGAUCAGAAGGUCGGCGGUUCGAAUCCCCGCGAUGGGGUGAGCUCCUGUUGCUUGGUCCCAGCUCCUGCCAACCUAGCAGUUCGAAAGCACCUCAAAGUGCAAGUAGAUAAAUAGGUACCGCUCCGGCAGGAAGGUAAACGGCAUUUCCGUGCGCUGCUCUGGUUCACCAGAAGCGGCUUAGUCAUGCUGGCUCCCUCGGCCAAUAAAGCAAGAUGAGCGCUGCAACCCCAGAGUCGGCCACGACUGGACCUAAUGGUCAGGGGUCCCUUUACCUUUUUAUGAAGCAAAUGCUGUUGUAUCACCACUAUGUAUCACCGUCUCAAUAACACUGACAUCAUCUAAUACAUCAUCAAGCACGGCCCUCUUGAUAGUUGCAUCAUGUAAGUGCCAUAGAAUUGCAGAGUUGAACCUGAGGGUCAUAGACCAACCCCCUGCAAUUUAGGAGUCUCAGCUAAAGCAUCCAUGUCAUAUGGUCACCCAACCUCUGCUUAAAAAUCUCCAAAGAAGGAAGAGUCCUUCUGAGGGAGACUGUUCCACUGUGGAACAGCUCUUAUUUUGGACACAAUGCUUCUGUGGAUGUAGCCCAGAAUAGUAUUAGCUUUUUUUUGGUGCUGCAUCACAAGGUUGACUCAUAUGAAGCUUGUGGCAGGGGCGAAGCAAGGCUCUUUGGCACCCGGUGUGAUGUGUUGAGGGGCGGGACGAACCACCCACAGGGGAGGGGCAAACCACCUGGUGGUGCAUGCACAGCGCCACUACGUACCAGCAGUGGGGCGAGCUGCAGGUGGGGAGAUCCUCCUCGCAUUGCGGCAUUGGCGGCAGGUGAGCUGCGCAGGGGGGCAUGAUCCACCACGUGCUGUGGCAUCAGGAUGGGCGAUUCCCCACAUGCUGUGGUGUCGGUGCGGGUUUGUCACCCCUCCUCACGGAUGGCACCCGGGGUGGACCGCCCCCUGCCCCCUUCUUCCGCCACUGGCUUGUGGUUGACCAAGACCCCAAGAUCCUUUUCACAUGUACUACUGGCAAGCCAGGUGUCCUCCAUCUUAUACUGGUGCAGCUGGUUAUUCCUGCCUAAGUGCAGAACCUUUCAUUUGUCCCUAUUCAUAGAAUCAUAGAAUCAUAGAAUCAUAGAGUUGGAAGAGACCACAAGGGCCAUCGAGUCCAACCCCCUGCCAAGCAGGAAACACCAUCAGAGCACUCCUGACAUAUGGUUGUCAAGCCUCUGCUUAAAGACCUCCAAAGAAGGAGACUCCACCACACUCCUUGGCAGCAAAUUCCACUGUCGAACAGCUCUUACUGUCAGGAAGUUCUUCCUAAUGUUUAGGUGGAAUCUUCUUUCUUGUAGUUUGGAUCCAUUGCUCCGUGUCCGCUUCUCUGGAGCAGCAGAAAACAACUUUUCUCCCUCCUCUAUGUGACAUCCUUUUAUAUAUUUGAACAUGGCUAUCAUAUCACCCCUUAACCUCCUCUUCUCCAGGCUAAACAUGCCCAGCUCCCUUAGCCGUUCCUCAUAAGGCAUCGUUUCCAGGCCUUUGACCAUUUUGGUUGCCCUCCUCUGGACACGUUCCAGUUGGUCAGUGUCCUUCUUGAACUGUGGUGCCCAGAACUGGACACAGUACUCCAGGUGAGGUCUGACCAGAGCAGAAUACAGUGGCACUAUUACUUCCCUUGAUCUAGAUGCUAUACUCCUAUUGAUGCAGCCCAGAAUUGCCUUGGCUUUUUUAGCUGCCCCGUCACACUGUUGGCUCAUGUCAAGUUUGUGGUCAACCAAGACUCCUAGAUCCUUUUCACAUGUAUUGAACUUCAUUUUGUUAAUUUGGGCCCAGUUCUCCAGUAUGAAUCCUGAUUCUGUCUUCUGCAACAUUAGCUACCCCUCCUAGUUUGGUGUCUUCUGUAAAUUUGAUAAGCAUCUCCUCAAUUCCUUCAUCUAAGUUGUUUAUGAAGAUGUUGAACAACAACAGGCCCAGGACAGAACCCUGCGGCACCCCACUUGUCACUUUUUUCCAGGAUGAGGAGGAUUAAUGAGUACUCUUUGGGUUUGGUUAGUCAACCAGUUACAAAUCCACCCCACAGUUACCUUGUUUGCUUACAUUUUACCAGCUUCCUCACAAAAGUAUCAUGGGAGAGUUUGUCAAAAGCCUUACUGAAGUCAAGAUACACUGUGUUCACAGCAUUCCGCUGAUCCACCAAGCUUGUAAUAGCAUCAGAAAGAAAAAUGAGAUUUGCCUGGCUUGACUUGUUUUCAAGAAACCUAUCCUGGGUCUUAGUAAUCACAGCAUCCUUUUCUAAAUGUUUACAAACUGACUGUUUUAUAAGAUGGGGGACAGUAGUACAUGUGAAAAGGAUCUAGGGGUCUUGGUGGACCACAAGCUUAAUGUGUUAACUGUGUGAUGCAGCAGCAAAAAAAAUAUUUAAAAAAUCUAAUGCUAUUUUAGACUUAAUCAACAGAAGUCUAGUGUCCAGAUCAAGGGAAGUAAUAGUGCCGCUCUAUUCUGCCUUAGUCAGACCACACCUGGAAUACUGUGUCCAAUUCUGGGCACCACAAUUUAAGAAGAAUGUUGACAAGCUGGAACAUGUGCAGAGGAGGGCAACCAGGAUGAUCAAAGGUCUGGAAACCAAGCCUUAUGAGGAACAGUUGAAGGUGCUGGGUAUGUUUAGUCUGAAAAAGAGGAGACUUGACAGGAGUUAUGAGAGCCAGCUUCAAGAGAUGUCACAUGGAAGAGGGAAUGAACUUAUUUUCUCCUGCUCUGGAGGGUAGGACUCAAACAAAUGGCUUCAAGUUAUAAGAAAGGAGAUUCCAACUAAACCUCAGGAAAAGCAUUCUGACAGUGAGAGCUGUUUGACAGUGGAAUGGUCUCCCUCGAGAGUCCACAGUCUGUGAUUCUAUGAUUCUGUGACAGAUUCGAAUGAACAGUUUACAGCCAUUACGAGAUGAAGGAGUUGAGCAUUCAAUGAACUCAUUUUGUUGGCCUGCAAAAAUUAAUUGCAAAAAUUAAGUUUAACCAUUGAGCAUGGAGAUUCUUCCUGUUUGGAAAUAUAUCGUAAAUUUCCUCUUUAUUCCUGGUGUGUGGUCACUGCAAAAGUGAAUUUUUCUACCUCUACAAGAGAGAGAGCACUAAGAAUCUCCAGUGAGUGAGCAAGCAACAUGGAGGACAUGGGAGGAAUGCAGGUAGUCUAAAACUCAAUUUCAUCUAACUGGCUCUGGCACCAGACCAAAUGUUCAACAUGAAUUAACCUAUCCAAUCUGCUGGGAUUUUUCUACAGCUGGAGAUCAGUUGGUUUCUCUCUUAUUUCUGCUUAUAGCUCUCUACAGUAUCAUUCCAUAAACUGAGUUGUUGGCAGGGGUCAUGCCUGAUUAGUUCACAGCAAAAUGAAACUUUAAUGUGUCUCUUGAAAAAUGGGCUCCAAAUGUUCAUUUGUGGUUGGCAGUCACAAAUGUCAAGAUUUGAGAGCUCUUCUUAGUUAAUCAUCGACUCUCAUUUCCUUGGCUGUUCGUUCUGUGACUUUGGGUUGAUGAUUCAUUCCAGGUGUCUUUCGUGUUGCUGCUUUGGUUUCCAGCUGUAUUAUUCCAGCCGGGAUCUGAGCAAAACACAAUUUGCUUGACUCCAAAAUCUCUGCAUAUUGUAAAGAAUGAACACGUUUAGGGCUUUUGUACUAACACAGAAAGCAUCAUAACACUGACUCCCAAGUGGCCAUUAAGGGUGGGGGGUCUAAUUUCCUUUCCCGUUAUAGUUUCCCACCAUCUGUCCUGAAGCUCUGUUGAAGGCCUUGAAUUAUUUUAUUUUGUUGUUAAAGAGAAAUACAUGUCAUAUUGCUCUUCCCAAGGAGCACAGCAUCACUGUGGAGGUUUGCAUCUGAAUUGCAGGUUUUAAGUGUCUUAAUGCUGGCCUUGGCCCUGCAUGUGUGAGUAUGCUGGAUAGGGGGAAACAAUGGAGUGGAUCUGGCCAAGCUUGCUCUGCAUACUUCCCCCUUUUGCCACAUAUCUUAUGCUGAUCUUGCCCAGGGUGACCUUGAGGUGAAGAAUGAAAUCAAGGAGGCAUCCAGAGAAGGAAGUGACUUUGGUUACAUGUGACUUUGGUUACAUGUCCAUUCCAGCCAUGAGAAAAGGUGGAAUUUCUGAGACCCCAAAGGACUGUGCCCUAGAUGAGGCGAGAUGAGGUGAGGAACCUUUGGCAGCCUGUAAGCUGCAUACCUUUCUGAGCAAACUUUUAAGGGCCACAUUCCAGUGGUAGGUGAGGCCAGGGGCAAAAGUGGGUGGAGCAAUGAAUAUAAAUUUUACCUUCAUACAUUCCUAGGGUGGGGGACACAUGCAGUUCACAUUUGAGGAUGAAGUCAAACUGCUAUGUUAGCAGCACUGAAAUAACCUCUCUGGGGCACAAGCCUGGGCAGUGUGGAUGGAGAUCCUGGGCUGCCCGGAUGACAAGACCCUCUUGACCUUGUUCCUGUGACCACAGAAAGCAGAGGAAGAUGUUUGGCACCAGCUUGGUUGCAGGAGUUGCUGGAAGGAGGUCUUAGGCAUGGGUAGACAAACUAAGGCCCGGGGGCUGGAUCUGGCCCAAUCACCUUCUAAAUCCGGCCCGCAGAUGGUCCAGGAAUCAGCAUGUUUUUACAUGAGUAGAAUGUGUCCUUUUAUUUAAAAUGCAUCUCUGGGUUAUUCGUUCAUCCCCCCCCCCCCAAAAGAUAUAGCUCAGCCCCCCACAAGGUCUGAGGGACAGUGGACCGGCCCCCUGCUGAAAAAGUUUGCUGACCCCUGGUCUUAAGGAUUGCACUCUGGAUUUGUGUAGGGUUUACUCCUUAGCCACUUCUCUCUUCUCUCGAAUAUGUCCCACAAGGCAGUGGAGGUUUAGGAUCAGAGUUUACUUCUCCCAGGUGGGCUCCCUUCCCAGGUUGAUGAGCCCCAUCUACUCCUCACUUCCCUCCACAGCUUGCACAAUAACUGCCUUCUUGACCAUUGGACCUACUCUUGGUCUCAUCUACUCGAUCCGCUGGAGCCUGUCUUCACACACAGGGUGAGUGAGAGUUUAAGACCCAUCAGCUACCCUCACCUGGUUUAGUCAGCCCGUUGAAAUAAAGCCUGGUUUUGCUCCUGGCUUAAAGCUGUUGAACCCAAGUGAUAUUGUCAGCUUUGAGCUGCUGUGAGUGUAUAUGCCCUUUUAAUCUCCACAAUUCCACAAGAGCCCUAUUGUUAAUAUUGCAAGUGUCCUUGGUAAAAUGUGACUAGUAAAUUGUGUUUUAACUACAGGAAGAGUAGAAUAAAGAAUUGAAACCUAACCAAACAGAUUUCCAACAGAAUGUUUUUCUCUUAAGCAGAAUAUUUACAAUCACUGCAGGUGUGGGCCAGGAAAUAAAGCAUAUGUAUUGUGACAAUAAAAUACCACCACUGGGUCUUCAAAUACAUUGUUCAGGAUCCUUAAAACUGUGUUUACCCUAAACUCUGUUGACAGGAUCUUCAGUAGACUAUGUCAAAUACCUCUUCCUUCUGCUAUAAAUUUUCUUCUGCUCACAGCUGUGUUUGUCUGCAAGAAAUAAUGAAUAGAACAGAUGUGUUUGUGACAAUGAAGACUAACAAUAAUUAUCAUUAUGUUGAAAAAAAAUCUUUUGACUUUCAAUGACAUUGCUCUAAAUGUAUUUGGGAUGAGGUGAGAUCAUUUAUAUUUGGAGUUCCAAUAUUCUCUCCAAAAAGGACAUGUGACUUCCCUCCUGCCAAGAAAGAAUGGUUCUUAAAAAAAGAAAAUAAUCUUGGUAAAUUUUGCUAAAUUAAACUUUAUUGAGUAGUUGCAGUGCAGGAUAAGGAUGUGCAGAUCAGUCCUGUUCUGGUUGGUCUACUGAAUUUCAACAUGCUUCUUGUUGUUUCACAAACAGAAGAUCAUGUUUUUGCGACAGCUAAAUUAGAUCAUUCUAAAGAAUUGGAACAUUCUACAGAAUUCUUGAAGUUCUGUGACAUGCCUUUCUCUCUCUGCUAACAUCUGUCUCUCACUCAUUUUGUUGUUGCUCAGAAGCCUUCCCUGCCUUGCUGGCGUUUUGGAGAACCUCUGGCAUUUAGGGGUUGUGAGAGGAGCAGAGGAGGUGAGGAAGGUCCAUUGUAAAGCAAAAAGUCACUGUGCUAGCAGAACUUUUAGUUGGUUAGCACCUGUGAAUAGCAAAGCUCUGUGUUAGAACUUAGUUUUUCUUCAGGACUUUUGUCAGGAUUGCAGCAGGGGAAGAAAAUGUUAAACCCCCCCACCCCACAAACUAUGGUUCUGAUGAAAAUUCAUCCCCAUGCCUGCUAUUACUUAAGAAAAAAAGAUGUGAUUAAUACAUUUCAGUAAAUCUCUUUUUGAUACUGCCUUCUAUGCAUAGUAAGUUCAUGUCCAGAGAAGAUGAGCUGGUCUUUCUAUAUUGAAUAGUUGUCUUGCAAUUACUCUCUUGUUUAAGCCUCAUGUGUGAAAACUUUUCCAAUCUGGAUACAGUUGCCUGCCAUUUCCUUGGAAGUUGGGGUUGUGUUAGCUGCUGUAUUAUGAUGUUCAUCCACAGUGAGAGAACUUUUACUGAGAUGACUGACGCUUGGCUAAUGCAGGCUAGCAAUAAUGAUUUAACUGCACUUAAACCCAAGAUGUUUCCAGAAAGGCUUUUAUUUCUCCUCUGGGAGUCUCUCUUAAAAAUCCAGUACACAUUGCUUAGCACUGUGACUUUACUGCUGGUAUUAGAAGCAUAGCGGAUGAAUAGUGUCAUUUUAUGUGUUUGUCAUGAUCAAACUAUGUAAUGGUCAGGCUAUUAGCAUAGACGUAACAAUGAUUUUAAUAGAAAAUUAUGUUAACUUCAAAUGUUAAUUUAUAUUGAUAAGCAAAAGGCGUAAUUGGUUUUUAACAAGCCAGAUACACCCCCCAGGUAUUUAAAGUAAAAUAAAAAAUUAAACAAGAUGGAAGUUACUAAAUUGCUGGGGAAAAUAGCAUUUUAUUUUAUUUUUUAGAAGCAGUUGCCGCCUUUCUGCCCUUUCAAAAGCUCAUGGACAUCUUAGAUUAAUAAAUAGACUUUUGUGCUGUUUUCUACCAUCAGACAUGUGUCAUGAUUCCCCCUCUAGAGCAAAUCAAACAAAACAGUGGAAACAGCUCAACACAAUUGUCAGGGGUUCAGGAGCAGAGGCAAGGGCAAGGGAGGAAACAGAGAGCGAGGGGGAGGAGGCAGAAGAAAAGAUGAGUGAUGACGACGACCCGAGAUCUCCGAGUCUUUCCAGUGAAUCAGAAGAUUCACAGAAAGGAGCACCAGUGGCCAGGGCAAGGGGGGAGCCUAGGGGGACACCCCAGGAAGAUAGAGCCAGAGGGGACUCAGAGGGGAGCAGUUGGAAAUCGGGACCAACGUCACCGCCAGAGAGCAGGGAAGAGGAAGGGAGCCAGGGAUCAAGCGCUGGCAACACACAACAGGGGGGAGGGCACGAGUCAGGAGUGGCCACACCUCCAUCGGGGAGCGAAGAAACGGUCAGACGGAAGGCGGAAGGUUGGGCGCGCGCGCCAAGUUCAAAUGCACAGGAAGGUGGCGCAGUAGGCAGCCCGGAAAGGGAGCCAGGUCCCAAAGCCCGCCGAAAGGAGGGAGAAGAGUCAGGGGAGUCAGCGUCAGCGUCAGAGGAAUCCCGGAAGGAAGAGACCCCGGGGGGGCAGAGGGACCCAGAGAAGAACAGUCAGGCGGAAAAGGUGGAGCAGGGCUAGGAUAUUAAGUUGGUGUACAAGGGGCGGAGACUCAGACGGAGCUUCGCCGGUCUAAGCAUGAGACGUAGAGUUGCACGCAGCAGCUUGAGAAUGGAAACUGUAACUCAAUAAAGACUUUUGUUUAAUGAUCGCUGGCUAGCGUGAUCCUCUGUGAGCUAGGAUCUGGAAGCAGCUCUGACAGUAAGCUCCGUCUCCUAAAUUGUGGGCAUCUACGGCCUCGCGGAGAGGAGAGAAAGCGGGUGCCUACUAGCGAGCUCACGAACGGCAGACAAUAUGACGGCCGAACAGCAGAUAGCGGAACUCAGAGAAGCAGUGUCACGACUAAAUGCCAAGGCUCUUGCAUCCAGGAAGAGAGAGGAGGACGCAGCUGCCGCCUACAGGGAUCUCCAGGUCAGGUUGGAAGUGCUUACGAAGCAAGGGCAACUGACACCCAAACCGGAGGGGAUUGGGUUGGGGAGACGAACAGGCGGUCUGGUCUCUCACUUCGAUGGGAAUUUGCAACAGUACCCCAACUUUAGAGCAGAUGUAAUGUGUGCACUGCAACUGCUGAACAAAGACUUUAGAGAUGAGCAAGAGAAGGUGGGAUUCAUCAUGUCCCAUUUGCAUGGAGAUGCUAAAGCAUGGCUGCGCAAUUUGUGGAGAGAUAAGGAUCCGGCGCUCCAAAAUGCGGAUGCCUUUAUUAAAGCGAUGGAUGGGUGCUUUUUAUCAAGCAUUGACGUGGAUCUUGCUCGGCAGCAGAUACAUGGACUGAAGCAAGGGAGGGCCAGCGUAAGGCAGUACCAUGCCCGCUUUUCGCUUUGGUCAGUGCUCUGGAAUGGGACAGAGAUUCGGCUCCUGUAAGAGACCUGUUUUGGGAGGGAUUGCACGGCUCGGUUAAAGAUGAAAUUGCGAGGGGGGAGAGACCCCGGACCACGCAGGAGAUCGUUCAGAGGGCGCUGGCGGUGGGGGUGCGGCUGGAAGAACGUCCGUGGUGCAGGGACGAAGGGCGUGGAGGGCGCGAACCAGCCAGGGGCUCCUCCUUCCUUCCCAGAGAAGCAGCGCGUGCGCAAUCCACGCCUCCGCCAGGAGGAGGAGCGGAACCUAUGGAGGUUGGAGGUGCAAGGGCUCAGUCAGCAGCCAGAGCCCUAGCACCGGCAGCAGUGAAAGCGAAGCCUCCUAGAGGGAACAGGAAGUGUUACAUCUGCGAUGAUCCACAGCAUAUGGCGAAAGAGUGUCCCCAGAGGCUCCACAAGCACACUGCAGCCUCAGCAAUGGUAACUGCAGCAACGCAGCAAGGAGAACCACGGCAGGGAAACGACGGAGUCUGGCUGGAGAAAGAGGCACUGGGGCCCAGCCAGACGUGUCAGUGAAGCAGUCCCCAGAGAUUUUACAGCCCAUGGACCCACUCCCGCCCAAACCAGUAGUGAGGCUCACCGCGUCGCUCCAGCUGCCCAAUGGCAUCACCAUGGACGUGCCAAUCACCAUUGACUCCGGAAGCAAUGCGGACUUUAUAGGGCAGGACUUUGUCGACCGGCACGCUAUACAGUUGCUGCCUGCCACGCUGCCCCUGCAGGUUGUCACGGUGGAUGGCAGGGAGCUGCUAGGGGGGCAAGUGGUGAAGCAGACGCCACCAAUGGUGAUGAGACUUGGGAAUCACAGGGAAAUCAUCAGCUUCAAUGUCACUCAACUAUCGGACACGCCCAUUGUAUUGGGCAUGAGUUGGCUGGACAAGCACAGCCCGACGCUGGCUUGGUACCAGAGGCAGCUGACCUUCGGCUCUUCCUUGUGCGCUGAACACUGCAUCGUGCCCCGGCUGGAAGGAGAGGAAGAGGAGUCACAGCUGCAGCUCGGCACGCUGCAAGCGGUUCCCCACAAGUACGCAGCAUUUUUGGAGGUUUUCUGUGAGAAGGAGGCAGACAGGCUACCCCCCCACAGACCAUAUGACUGCAAAAUUGACCUGCUGCCAGGGGCGGCGCUGCCCAAAGGGUAGUUGUAUUCCAUGUCUGAGGACGAACUGCAGGAACUCAAAGAGUUCAUAGAUCAUAAUUUGGAGCGCGGUUUCAUCCGAGAGUCCACGGCAGCGGGGGGCAGUCCGGUAUUCUUUGUUAAGAAGAGGGACACGCCCCAAAAAGACUUGUAGUGGACUAUCGCAUUUUGAACAGCGUGACCAAGCCAUCGGACUUCCCCAUGCCCCGAAUCGACGACCUCCUCGCGAAGGUACGGAAGGGCAGCGUGUUCACCAAGUUGGACCUGCGAGGGGCGUACAACCUCAUUCGCAUGCGGGAAGGAGAUGAGUGGAAGACAGCCAUGUUCACGCCCCUGGGCACCUACGAAUAUAGAGUUAUGCCUUUUGGAUUGCAAAAUGGUUCCCACGUUUUUCAAGCUUUCAUGCAUCACGUGUUGGCGGGGCUCUCUACAAGACGUGCGUCUGUUUCUUGGAUGACAUCCUGAUCUUUUCGGAAUCGCAGCAGGAGCAUGACAGGCACGUCAAAGAAGUGCUGAGCAGGCUACAGCAACAUAGGCUUUACGCCAAGCUGGAGAAGUGCCAAUUCGACGUGACGGAGGUGGAUUUCCUGGGCUACAAGUUGUCUGAUAAAGGGCUCGCCAUGGACAGCACCAAGGUCCGAGCAGUGUUGGAUUGGAAAAGCCCACGCAACCGGAAGGAGGUCCAACGGUUUGUCGGCUUUGCGAACUUCUAUCGCAAGUUUAUCAAAGGCUUUGCCAUGCAGACAGCGGCCAUCACGGACACGCUCAGCUCCAAGAAAAAGAAGUUCAUCUGGACAGAGCAGGCGGAGCAGUCCUUUCAGGCACUCAAGCCGUCUCUUCGCGUCGGAACAGCAACAUCUUCAUUUCAAACCCCUCAGGCCCAUGAGGGUGGUUACAGACGCAUCGGACAGAGCCGUGGGAGCAGUCCUGCUGCAGAAGGACCCGCAGGGGGUUUGGAGGCCGGGAGCGUUUUACUCAAGGAAGCUCAGCAAGUCCGAACAGAACUACACCAUCUGGGACAGGGAGUUGCUGGCCAUUCAUGCAGCGUUCAAAGCGUGGAGGCACUUCCUGAUCGGCGCCAAGCACACGGUGCAGGUCUGCACGGACCACAAGAAUCUAGAGCACUGGCGCACGGCACAGUUCCUGAACCAGAGGCAGAUACGUUGGGCUGAGUUCUUUGCGAAUUUCGACUUCCGAAUAGAGUAUGUCCCGGGGACACCAACAUCAUGGCGGAUGCUCUCUCCCGUAAGCCACAGUAUUUGGAGGAGGCAACGCCAGCGGCCGCCAUGCACAUCUUCGCACCGACAGUGUGGGCGUGCACGGCGGCGACAGUUGACCUGGAGGCGGUGCGACGAGCGUUGCAGGAUGACUCCUUCGCGCAAGCAAAGAUGGCAGAGGCGCACAGGGGCACGGCAGCGACCGACGAGUUCCAGCUGCGAGAUGGUUUGCUCAUCCGUAAAGGGGCCAUCUACGUGCCGGGAGACGAACUUCGCGCCAAGGUACUGCAGCAGCUGCACGACGCGCCCACUGCCGGGCACUUUGGCAAGGAGAAAACGGUGGAAUUAGUAGCCAGAGACUUCUGGUGGCCAGGAAUGAGAGGGGAAGUCGCGGACUACGUGGCGAGGUGUGACACCUGCCAGAGGGCCAAACCAGUGCACAGACCGCCGGCCGGACUGCUGGAACCGCUGCAAACUCCGUUCGAACCAUGGGAGAGAGUGGCCCUGGACUUUGUCACGGAUCUGCCCAGCUCGAGGGGCAAGACGGCUGUGCUGGUGGUGGUGGACUUGUUCUCCAAGAUGGCACAUUUCAUUCCGUGUGCGAAGGUGGCCACGGCGGAACAAACCGCCAAACUGUUCAUAGACCACGUGUUCAAGGUUCACGGUCUGCCGCGGUCUAUUCUGUCCGACCGAGGGCGACAGUUCAUCUCGAACUUCUGGCAGAGGCUGAUGGGCUUCCUGAACGUCAAGAUCAACCUGGCGUCGGCUAGACACCCGCAGACCAAUGGGCAAGCGGAGCGGGUCAAUGCCAUCAUGCAGCAGUACCUGAGAUGUUAUGCGAAUCAACAGCCUGCGACGUGGGUGGAUUACCUGCCUCUCGCCGAGUUUGCCUACAACAACACGAAGCACGUGUCCACGGGGGUCACGCCGUUCUUCGCCAACAACGGGAGGCACCCCAGAACCUUCCCGGGACUGGAAAGAAUGGGGGAGGGGGAGCCGCAGACAGCAGAUGCAUUCGCGUCGGAGUUGCAGGAGGUCCACGAUCAGCUGCGGCGGCACCUGGAGCUGGCUAAACACGCAUACAAGGUACAAGCGGACAAACACAGAAGGGUUGGCGAAGAGAUCCAUGUGGGAGACUGGGUCUGGUUAGCAGCCCACGCAGUGCCGGCCAGGUCGUUGGCGAAGAAGAAACUAGGGCAUAAACAACUGGGGCCCUACCAAGUCGAAGAACAGGUCAACCCGGUGGCUUUCAGGCUGGCUCUUCCGGAGGGUUCCAGAAUGCAUCCGGUGUUCCACAGAUCGGUGCUCACUCCCUACAAGGCACCUCACAGGUUUCAGGAACCAGGAACGGCACCGGGUCCGCUCCGAGAGAGAACCGGGCAGGGGGGAGUGGCACGGGAGGAGCGCAUCAACGAAGUCACGGAGAUUUUGGACUCCAGAUGGGGGGAAGAGGGGGUAGAAUACCUUCUCGCCAAGGAGGGCACCCCGGCCAGUGCCAACAGCUGGGUGCCGGGCUACGCUUUAGACGAACCUCUGCUCAAAGAAGAGUUUCAUGCCCUCUUCCCACAUAGGCCAAUGCCAGCAGACUUUUUCGACGACUGGCUUUUCACGCCCACGCUUUCAGCCAGCACGCUCCGGGGUUCGACUCGGACGAGGAACCGACACGAGACGCCCGUUCCCCGGAGGGGUCACCCUCAGGAUCUGCUUCAGAACCCUCGUAUUGGUGGGAUGAUCGACCAGAGGAGCAGUUCCGUAGAAGGUGGCUGGAGGGUCCAGGACGAGCAACGUCUCCAGAAGGCAACGAGGGAGAGACGGACAUGGACUUUUUCGGGGACGACCCGGGUUUCGAGCACGGCGGCACAGAGAUGGAAGCGGAGGUGACCGUCGUCAACGAGAGCAGGGAGGAAGAACCGGAAGGCUUCAGAUGGCGGCCCACCACGGGAAGCGAACUGUAUCCGACAUUCGUCCCCCUGACACGGCAGCACCCAGAUCCCGCACCGGAAGGAGGGGAGGGGGGAAGAGGGGGCUUCGAGGGGGGGAUGGAUGUCAGGGGUUCAGGAGCAGAGGCUAGGGCAAGGGAGUAAAGUGAGAGCGAGGGGGAGGAGGCAGAAGAAAAGAUGAGUGAUGACGACGACCCGAGAUCUCCGAGUCUUUCCAGUGAAUCAGAAGAUUCACAGAAAGGAGCACCAGUGGCCAGGGCAAGGGGGGAGCCUAGGGGGACACCCCAGGAAGAUAGAGCCAGAGGGGACUCAGAGGGGAGCAGUUGGAAAUCGGGACCAACGUCACCGCCAGAGAGCAGGGAAGAGGAAGGGAGCCAGGGAUCAAGCGCUGGCAACUCACAACAGGGGGGAGGGCACGAGUCAGGAGUGGCCACACCUCCAUCGGGGAGCGAAGAAACGGUCAGACGGAAGGUGGAAGGUUGGGCGCGCGCGCCAAGUUCAAAUGCACAGGAAGGUGGCGCAGUAGGCAGCCCGGAAAGGGAGCCAGGUCCCAAAGCCCGCCGAAAGGAGGGAGAAGAGUCAGGGGAGUCAGCGUCAGCGUCAGAGGAAUCCCGGAAGGAAGAGACCCCGGGGGGGCAGAGGGACCCAGAGAAGAACAGUCAGGCGGAAAAGGUGGAGCAGGGCUAGGAUAUUAAGUUGGUGUACAAGGGGCGGAGACUCAGACGGAGCUUCGCCGGUCUAAGCAUGAGACGUAGAGUUGCACGCAGCAGCUUGAGAAUGGAAACUGUAACUCAAUAAAGACUUUUGUUUAAUGAUCGCUGGCUAGCGUGAUCCUCUGUGAGCUAGGAUCUGGAAGCAGCUCUGACAACAAUGGACGCUUCAAGUGGUUUUCCCAAAUUCAGCUGACAAUACAACUUAUACUGGCUUCUUCAGGCUCACUGUAUUAUUCAACCCCCUAAAUAGAAACUCUCACAACAACACAAAUACAACAGGUGUUGUCUCAAGCACACCUGAUGCAAGUAAUCAAGGGCUUCAUCAGUUGUACCAGGUGAGCUGAAAUACCUGAACUAGCUAGGGGGUUGCAGAGUGUCAAAUUUGGCUGCAUGUUAGAAAUAUGGCUAAGUCAAGAGAAUGGUCCAAGAAGGUAAGAGAUCAUCGCCCUUCACAAACAAGGAGCAGGAUACAAAAAGAUAACAAAGGCACUGCAUGUUCCUAGAGACAUUGUUGGAAGUAUAGUUCGCAAGUUCAGAGUUAAUGAACAGUGGUUACACUACUUGGACAGGGCAGAAAAAGUAAGCUAUUUGGGGCAGCAACAAGAAUUAUGAGAAGGCAGGCUGGGGAAAAUCCUUGGGUGACUGCAAAAGAGCUGGAGCAAGACUUGGUGGCAGCAGGCACUGAGGUUUCAGUGAGCACAGUAAGGUGUGUACUAAAUGCAGAAGAUUUCCAUGCCAGAACUCCAAGAUGUUCACCACUAUUGACCCCAAAGCACAAGAAAACUCAGCUCUGAAAUGCUCACCUGUGUCCUUGGUUUAAGAACAGUCCUGUUUAAGAACGAUUUGGUUUAUGAACUCUGCAAAACCAGAAAUAGUGUACCGGUUUGUGAAAUUUACCUCAGUCUAAGAACGGAAUCCAAAACGGUGGAAGGGCACUGGCAGUGGGAGGCCUCAUUAGGGAAAGCGCACCUCAGUUUAAGAAUGGCUUUGGUUUAAGAACGGACUUCCAGAACGGAUUAAGUUCGUAAACUGAGGUACCACUGUAAAUAAGCCACAGAAGUUCUGGGAUUCUGUUUUGUGGAGCGAUGAAACAAAAUUGGAACUUUUUAGCGCCCCCCCAACCCGCAAAAGAACCCAUUAACAGGCUCCGGAGCAAAGAGGGGGAAGUGGUGCGGUGCUGAGAGUCAACUGCUUCUUCCGUGGAGCAAAGCCGCACAGCCGUUGCCGGAGAGCGCUGCCUUUUUCCUGGGACAAUCUGGCUUCUAAAAUAAUCAUCCGUGAGUACCUAAACUCGGACAAUUGGACUCUAAAUAAGGACUUGUGAGCAGAAAGGAAAAUUGGACUUAAAAGUUUACCUUAAUUUGGCGCUGAAACGGGAAGGUCUAAACAGGAAGUCAGCCUUCUGUUUCUUUGUAGAUAGAUUAAAGCAAAGACAUGGCAAACUAGAGCUCAGAAAAUCGCCUGUAAAAGAUUAACUUUCAUCAUUUAAAAUUGUUGAACCCCCUUCAGAAGCAGGAGAAGAGGGGGGAUUUUUUUUCGGACUGUUUAAACCUGCAGAAGUGAGUGUAAAGUAAAGUAACUUUCCACCGUCCUGAUCCUGGAGCGGGGUGUCAGGACUGACGUUUUUUGAAGCUCAUUGACCAGAGACAACGUUUUUGACAGAUAGCUAUAAGAAGAGAAACUUUGACUCCAUUGUUCCCCUUCGCUUCUUAAAGGAACAAAUAUUGACAAAAUAUCUGAAAAAGGAAACUUUUGUUGCUAGACUUGUCUUUAAAAGAAAGAACAAAUAGAAGUUUUCCCCCUAGAGGGAGACUGUGAAACUGUAACCAACUCCGGGGAGCUGGCAGCUGUUACAGAUUACAAUCGUGGGAAUAGACAUCUGACCUUGCAGGACAAUGUAUUCAGAAGCUCUGUUGUGUGCUUUCUAUAAAACAAAUGCCCUACUGGAACAGCUACAUGAGAAGACGAAUUUGAUGGCUGAUUCGAUUAGAAAUUUUGAACAGGCAGUGGGAAAUUUUGAACAGGCAGUGGGAAAAUAUGUGGAGCCCACCCAGGAAUUAAAUCAGGAGUGUGCCCUGACAGAACAGGCCCAACAGGAACAUGAGCUUUGGAUUUGACAAAUGAACUUGGAAAAAGCCAGAUUUGGAAAGAAAAAGUUUGGUUUGGUUUGGAAAUGGGGGGCUGGAUAGACCCCCCUAUGCAGGGAUGUUUGGACUUUUCAAGUCUGGCAAUGGGCCAUGAGAUGUCUGGGAUUGUGGGGCUCCUAAUUUUGGAGGGAUUUUGAAACAUGUUCUUAAAUACCACAUGGAAUUUAGUGUGGAUUAUGGAAAAGGCGCUGAUCUGUCGAGAAGGGUCAAAAAUAUUGUUAAGCUGGAGUUCCCACGAGUGAAACGAGCAGGAGACAAGGGAAAAUACAGUUACAAAUAUGAAGAAGAGCUGCGGAAGGGACAUGAAAGAGAGCUAGAUCGAUGGGAUAAUAAGGACUGACAAAACCCGGGACCAGGAGGAAGGGACGCUGGAUGAAGAUUGGAUUGUUUUUAUUUCUUUUUCUACUACUAGGAUUGUUUUAUAAAAUUGAUGAAUGUUAGAAAAAUGUUGGAAUGAAAUUACUUGGCUUUAGUAAAAAUGUUUAAAGAAUUAUGUAAGAAUAUUAUGGUUAUGAGAAGUUGGUAAAAAUAAGAUUUAAGUUUUAAGUUUCAAGGUUUUUUAUAGUAAGAUUAAAAUAGUUUAAGGUAAUGUAAUGACAGAAUUUUAUGAAAUAUGGAAAGGAUUUGCUGCAACAAUUAACAACUAGGAUACAGAAAAAGGGAGGAGGAGGAGGUCAAAGAAAGAAGGUAAUGACAGUUGAGGAUUUGAGAAUAAUGGAUUUGUUUUUAAAUGUUUGCGGUGUAUUUUUGAUUUUUGAGAGGGAAAAAUAGUGGAAGUGAACAGGUAUACACAUCAUUGAUGAACACCCUUUGGGUUCGGUCAGUCAGCCAGUUACAAAUCCACUGAGUGGUAGCAUAGUCAAGACCGCAUUUUACCAGCUUCUUUACAAGAAUAUCACGGGGCACCUUGUCAAAUGCCUUGCUGAAAUCAAGGUAGGCUACAUCCACUGCGUUCCCUUCAUCUACCAGGCUUGUAAUUCUGUCAAAAAUGAGAUCAGGUUAGUCUGACAUGACUUAUUUUUCAGAAAUCCAUGCUGACUAUUGGUGAUCACAGCAUUCCUUUCUAGGUGCUCACAGACUGUUUGCUUAAUGAUCUGCUCCAGAAUCUUCCCUGGUAUUGAUGUCAGACUGACUGGGCUGUAAUUAUUUGGGUCCUCUCUUUUCCCCUUUUUGAAAAUAGGACAACAUUUGUCCUCCUCCAGUCUGCCGGGACUUCGCCUGUUCUCCAGGAAUUCUCAAAGAUGACUGCCAGUGGUUCUGAGAUCACAUCUGCCAGUUCUUUUAAUACUCUUGAAUGCAGUUCAUCUGGCCCUGGAGACUUGAAUACAUCUAAACUAGCCAAGUAUUCUUGUACUAUCUCCUUAGUUAUUCUGGGCUGUGUUUCCUCUGCUGAAUCAUUUGCUUCAAAUUCUUCAGGUCGGGCAUUGUUUUCUUUAUCGGAGAAGACUGAGGCAAAGAAGGCAUUGAGGAGUUCAGCCCUUUCUGUGUCCCCUGUUUGCAUUUCACCAUCUUCUCCUCUGAGUGACCCCACCGUUUCUUUGUUCUUCCUUUUGCUACGAACAUACCCAUAAAAGCCUUUUUUGUUGCUUUUAACCUUUCUAGCAAGCCUGAGUUCAUUCUGUGCUUUAGCUUUUCUGACUUUGUGUCUACACGUGCUGGCUAUUUGUUUGAAUUCCUCUUUGGUGGUUUCCCUUUUCCAUUUUUUGUACACAUCCUUUUUAAUCUUAACUCAGUUAAAAGUUCUUUAGAUAGCCACCCUGGCUUCUUUAGGCACCUUCCAUGUUUCCGUCUCAUUGGUAUUGCCUGAAGUUGUGCUUUUACUAUCUCCCUCUUAACAAACUCCCAGCCAUCAUGAACUCCCUUUCCUUUUAGUAUUACUGUCCAUGGGAUCUAACCAGCACUUCCCUAAGUUUUAUGAAGUCGGCUUUCUUAAAGUCAAGAAAUUGAGUCCUAGUAUGCUUGGCUGCUCCUUUCAGAAGAGCAUGAUCACUCACGCCUAAUGAUCCUUCCACUUCUACCCCACUAACCAGGUCAUCAACAUUGGUUAGGACCAGAUCUAAAAUGGCUGUUCCUCUUGUUGCUUCUCCCACUUUCUGGACAAUGAAGUUGUCUGCAAGGCCAGUGAGGAAUCUGUUUGACCUUAUGCUCUUGGCUGAGUUUGACAUCCAACAAAUAUCCAGGUAAUUGAAGUCCCCCAUUACUACUAUCUCCCUUCCUUUUGCAUGCUUGGCCAUCUGUUCCAGGAAGGCAUCAUCUAUGUCCUCCGUUUGGCUUGGGGAUCUAUAGUAAACUCCCACAAUGAGGUCACUGUUAUUCUUCUCUCCCUUAAUUUUGACCCAAAUGCUCUCACUUUGGCUUUGAGGUUCUAAAUCUUGGAUCUCUUCACAGGUAUACACAUCCCUGACAUAUAACGCCACUCCUCCUCCUUUCUUGUCUGGUCUGUUUCUCUGAAAUAGAUUGUAUCCCUCCAUUAUUACAUUCCAAUCCUGGGACUUAUCCCACCCGGUUUCAGUGAUGCCUAUUAUGUCAUAAAUUUAGUUUGCUGUACCAAGAGCUCAAGCUCAUCUUGUUUAUUUCCCAUGCUUUGCGCAUUAGUGUACAGACACUGAAGUCCAUUAAUCAUUCCCCCGUGUCUCUUAUUUAAGGAUUUUUUCCUCCCACCACUAGGUCUGCGUGCUGUUUGCUCCAUUUGGUCUAUGACAUUUGGAUGAUCAUCUUCAUCAAUUGAUAGACUCCUACCUUCAGGAGCACUGUCUCCCUCACCCACAUUAGUCAGUUUAAAGCCCUCCUGAUGAGGUUUCUGAGAUUUUUGGCAAAAACAUUCCUCCCAACCGUUGUGAGGUGCAGCCCAUCGCUUGCCAGAAGUCCAUCUUCAAGAAACUGCAGUCCAUGAUCUAAGAAUCCAAACCGUUCCUGUUUACACCAUUUGCAAAGCCAGUUGUUCACUUCCACUAUUUUUCCCUCUCUCCCUGGGCCACGUCGUUCAACUGGGAGGACAGAUGAGAUGACAAUUUGUGCAUUUAAUUGCUUCAAUUUCCUGCCCAGAGCCUCGUAGUCUCUUUUGAUCUUCUGGAGGCUAUUGCUUACAGUGUCAUUGGUUCCCACAUGAACCAAGAGGAAGGGGUAUUUGUCAGUGGGUUUUAUGAUUCCUUGCAGUCGUUCAGUUACAUCUUGGAUCUUAGCCCCGGGGAGACAGCACACUUCCCGAGACAUCUUGUCAGGCCCACAGAUCACUGCUUCUGUUCCCCUCAGUAGGGAAUCCCCUAUCACCACUACACGCCUCCUCUUAGGUUUGGUCGGGGUUCUUCCGUGACCUGUCCGUUCCAAGGUUGCCUGCACAUUCCCUGAGGACUGACUUUGCUGCUCGUCUUCAUAUACCUGAUCGACUGUAAUGAGGGAGAUCCUCAAAUGGAGUCUGCUCUUCGUCUUCCAUGCUAGGGGAGAGGACCUCAAAGCGAUUGUGUAUUUCUAAACAAUCAGAGCGAACCCUGGGCCUCCUAUUUCUUUGAGUCACGUUUCUCCAUAUAUCUGGCUCCUGUGUUGGUGAACUAGCGUCCUUCUCAGGGGAGUCCCCUGUCUCCUCCUUGGUGGAGACGGUGUGCUCUGUUGCUUCCAAGAAGAGCUCCAGCUCUCUAAUUCUUUGGAGCGUAGCUACACUUUCCUCCAGUUGCUGGAGGACUAAGCUGCUUCUGGCGAACCAGAGCAGCGCACGGAAACGCCAUUUACCUUCCCGCCGGAGUGGUACCUAUUUAUCUAUUUGCACUUUGACGUGCUUUCGAACUGCUAGGUUGGCAGGAGCAGGGACCAAGCAACGGGAGCUCACCCCGUCACGGGGAUUCGAACCGCGACCUUCCGAUCGGCAAGUCCUAGGCUCUGCUCUACUAAGUACUAAAGAUGCUUCCCAUGAAGGGGUUGAAUAAUAGUGAGACUGGAGAAACCAGUAUAAUUUGCAAUGUCAGCUGAAUUUGGGGAAACCACCUGCAACAUUUUUUGAGCUAUUUCAAUUGCUUUUGUUUGAUUUUCUCAUUGCAAACAGCUGAAAGUCUGUAAAGUUUGAAAAUAAUCCUGAUUUGCAAUGGGGUUGGAACAAUUUCAAAUGCAGCUGUAUAAUACAAGAGGAUCCUCACUUAAGAUGUGGAGGAGCUGAGCCUUUCCAGAUUGUGAUACCUACAAUUGCUAUGCACAAUGUGUUUGAGUGCUGUGAUCAUCAGCUCCCCAAAAGAGCUGGGGGUGGGGUUGAUUAGAGGAGCACUCACUCAAUGGUAAAGCCCCUCCUAAUGUACAAAUUUGUUGUUUUAAUAGUAUUUAUAAAAAUGCAUGGAGCUGGGAAUGUGUGACCUGAAAAUUGAGCUAAAGAUAAACUGUUUUGAAGAACUGUACUGUAGAAAUUGAUUGGUUUGGGAAAAUGAGAGACCGCUUUUUUGGCUCAGUGUAACAUAAUGAGAUGCACAAGACAUACUCAUGAGGAUCCCAGGGAAGCAACAGUCUUGCAUUUGAUUUGUGAGAAACUUUUUAUUUACUUCUUUACUAAUUUUCAUUCUGCUCUUCAACCAAGAAGGCUAAAGAACAAAUAAUUAAAUUGCAUGUGAUCUUCAAAUAGCCCUUGUAAGAAAGUGACUAUGAUGAUCAUUUGUCUCACUGCCAUUGCCUUUUCUUGCUCACAGGGCAGCUGCUACUCAUGUCCCUCUGUGAAGAAGCAGGAAGCGGGGGUGGAGAUGACCAGAGUUCUUUUUCUUCCCACAGUGAUUUCUGUGUGUGGGAUAAUUGAAAUACCACACCACCCCCAAACAUGAAUCAUCUAUCCUUUAAAUUAAUUUUGUUUGUAAUUAGGCUGAGCAAUCAUUUAUCUAAAAGUUGCAUAAAAUACAGGGUGCCUUUCAUGAUAUUUGACCUGGAGAGAGGCAAAACAACUGUGCCUUCUACAGACUCACAUAUCUGGAUUAUUUUUAAAUUGAUGUGUAAUUCUUAAAACCUCUAAAUAAUCUGAACAAUUUUAUUUUCAGACCAAUGCAUCCAAGAAUAACUGAAAAGGUUUAAAGUAUUUGGGGCCUUUAACCUUGUUCUACACAGUGGUACCUUGGUUUAAGAACAGUCCUGUUUAAGAACGAUUGGUUUAUGAACUCCGCAAAACCGGAAGUAGUGUUUGUGAACUUUACCUCAGUCUAAGAACAGAAUCCGAACGCUGGAAGGGCACCAGCACCAGGAGGCCUCAUUAGGGAAAGCGCGCCUCGGUUUAAGAACGGUUUCAGUUUAAGAACGGACUUCCGGAACGGAUUAAGUUUGUAAACUGAGGUACCACUGUAUUGUUAUUCCCAUAGUAUGGGUGGGGGUGGGGGUGCUACCCCCGCCUGCCCACCCUAGAGAGUCUACGGAGCAGGCAGGGCUCUGAGAGUCAGCAGUCUUGCCAACCAGCUGCUGGGCAGGAAACAGUUGCAAGGGGAGACUCUGAUCUCUUCCAAAUCUCUCUUCUGAGCCGCUGCUAGGCAGAAGUGUCCUCUUUUGUGAAAGGACAAAACCUGUGCAGCCUCAGAUUUUGAAUCUGGUUGGGAAGUUAGACAAGUUGCACCCAUUUAUGAUUCACCAUCCAGGUGGGGAUAGAAACAUAAGAAACCCUUUCCCAUGUUUGUAUCACCCCAGCUGGCAUGGAAGCCACAUGUUGAGGAUACAAAUCACAAUACCAGUCCAAAAUAUUUCCCUAUAACAACUCAGCCACUCAACCUUCUCAUCCAUUUCCUCCAGCUGCCUAUGUUUAAAUAUGUUUUAGAUUAGAUGUGGGUGAUAGAUAGUUGGUUCCUACUCUGUUCCUCUUUCACUACAUUCUCAUAUUUUGCCAUCUCCUUUGGAAGAUUCAUGGCCUCCAGACUCAGCUUUCUUGUCAGCACCACUGACAAAUAUUUAAUCCAAAAUGCAGGUUCUCCAAGUCAUUUGUCCAGAGCAAUGCCUAUUUGUGUGGCUACUGUCGUUCCCUAUGGGAAAGAAGGAAUUUCUUGAGGAAAUAUGCCUCCAUCAGUGGUCAUUCCUGCAUCCGCCUGGCUUUUCAUUCCUCUGCCAUUGCUCCUUUCCUUGUCCACCCAUCCCAGCUCUUGACCAGCCUUGCACAGCCCUCUGGCUUCUUACUUCCUGCCACACUCCUUUUCUCCCAACAGAUAAAAGUUCUCCUGCCCUUCAUACUUGCGUGAGCUUUUUCUACACACACCUAUUGUUUCUGUAUCCCCAGCCCAGCUUUUCCUUUGGCCUCUUCCUUUUUCUUCUAUACUUCCUCAGUUUUCUGUUUUCUUUGUCCACUGCAUUUUCUGCUGUAUUUUCUCAACUUCCUUGAGUCUCUGCCUCACACAGACGUGGUCAUUAAUGAAUAUUCUAUUGAUAAUUUCCAUUCCUUCCACAGUUAGGGUUUAGCAAAGAGUCCAUGACAUCACAGCUGCUCAGCCUCUCACUGCCAGGAGCUUUAUCACCACAAAAACUCUUCACACAGUUCAACAUAGAAUUCUACCAUACCUUGUGUUGAAAAGCAUUCAUUUUUUGUUUUCCUGAAUUAUUUUGGGUGUCUUUCAGCAUUUUCUACUAUAUAUACAGUUUGGAAGUUUCCAACAUAUAUCUGCAUAUACUAUUUAUUUUCUCUUUAUACUGUGGCAGGGUAUCAUAGGGCUACCGUUAUUAUUUUUUCAGCAAGUCAUGUCCUCAUGCUGUAGUUGCAUAGGUGUCUCUGCCAAAUGAUACAACACAUGUGAAUAAUCCAAGGCUUACUCACUAUCAAAAAUAUUGAAAAGCAUUAAAAAUAAUUAAUUGAGGUUCUGCCCCCCCCCCAGCAGAAGCCUGCCCGCUGCCCCACGAUGUCCUCUUUUUGUGGGAGCAUUUCCUUUCAGUAUUGUUGUUAGAAUGUUUUCAGUUGCUGAGAUAGCUUCCAUUUGAUCAUUGCAAUGGAUUGCUUUGAAGUCAUUUCUGCACGAGGUAAAUUUUUAGCUCCCCAGUUUUCUCCCACCUAUCCCUUAUUUUGCCUGACCAAAGGUGGCAACCCAAAGGUGGCAUAUCCACAUGGAAGUGUAACAGAGAUUAGCAUAAUUCAAGGACAGAGCUGGGUAUGGAGUCCUCCCAGCAUAGAUAAUAUUUGUCCAGCUCCAAAUUGUUGCUGCACUUCUGUGGCAAGAAAAUUGCUGGAAAGAAACAGAUCCCUUGUCAAGAAUCUGUUAGACUGGAGUGAAAGAAGGGAAAGAGUUGUCAGAAGAGUUUUUUGUAUGUAUUUGUCAAACUUAUUGUCAUGUUCUUUUCUCUUCAGGUAUUACAACAACUUUACCCUAUGUACAGAAGACAAGGCUGCAACAGCAAAGUGCUUUUGGCCUAACCCCAUUGCUGAGGGCUUCAUCACUGGAAUCCAUAAACAAUUCUUUUCAAACUGUACUUCAAAAAAAGUGCAUUGGGAAGAUCCACCAGAUAAAAUUUUGAUUACCCUGAUUUUCAUUCCAGUUCUCUUGACAAUUGCCAUGAUUGGGCUAGUGGUAUGGUGCAGUAAGAGAAAUGAUAUUUUAGUGUAG